AUGCACGUGUUACACGAAUUAAAUUGGACAAAGUUGGUUUACGAGCCGCUGCACAAAUUUGAGACUCAGAUCAUAUCUACGAAAAACAUACAGGGAUACGACAGCAAAAGCACGGAACAGUGGUCGUUAACGGGCGCGCUGUUAUACUCGGUCACGGUUAUUACGACCAUCGGUAAGUAUAAUAAUAAUAUAUGUUUGUUUUAAAUUCUGGGUGAAUGUAUAAGUUUUGGUUUGAUUGUGUGCAUUUUGUUAUUAUUUUCGCGGAAAAAAUUUGUCUCGAUUAAUAAAAAUGCUCCGGGUUUUUCACAAAGUAUACCACAGAAGCCUGUCAUUAGAUUAAAAAGACGCGGAAUUUAUGCCCAGCCGUGCUCUAAUUGAAUUAUUUCGUUUUGUCAACUAUCCAACAGUUCGCCCACACUAAAUUGUUACAGGUUCCCAGUGAAGCAACGAUAGCAAUAGUAUUUGGUUUUAUUAUUCUAUCCGUGAUUUUUUUUUUUUGUUUUCUUGUAUGUGUGAACAAAUUUUCUUCCAGUCACCUUGCUUCUGAUAGUUGUAAAUUUUUACCUUGACGGUGCAGUGUACACAUGGAUGUCACUUAGUAAAAUAUAAUAGUAAAAACAGUUAUGUAGUUAUAAUAGAUUUUUGUUUUUUUUUAGUUUUACUGUGUAAAAGAUCCUGAGUGCAGUGAGGAAUGUAUUGGUGUUUUUUUAUUCGUAUUACUAUAGUCGAAUAACUCGUGUGCAGUUUUUUUUCUUUUACCAACAACUUUUGUUUAUCAGUUGUUAUAUAACAGUUAUAGGAAGAGGAUAAUCUAGCUGAAAAUACUAGCUGUCCUCCGCUCGGCAUUUCUCGUGCCAUAUUUUAAUUAUUUUUACCUUUAUUUCUGUUUUGCUUAGAAUACUUGACGAAAAAAUUAAGUGGAUAGUCAGUAGUCCUAUGACGGACUAUGUGUCAUAAUACGUAAUUUUGCUAAACUUUGUUGUUACAUCCGCGUGUCCAAGGUAUACAAAUAAACAAAAUGUAAAAUCUUAAAAUAAUAAUAUCAAUUUUCACUAUAAGGAAUGAUUUUUAAAGGUGAAGCCUAUAACCUUCCCGGAAAAAUUCUGAUAGUUUAGCAAAAAGCCUCUAUCACAGUCGAAUAAACGGUUUAGACAAACAGACACACAGAAAAACGUUAAUUUGUAUUUAAUAUAGCUGUCCCGGCAAUGCUUUUCUAUUACAAGAUUUUAUUAGUAUUAAUACUUUUUUUUUUUUUUAGCUAAAUUGAUAAACAAUAUUCAGUACAUACCAUAGAUACCACAUAAUUAACAAAUAUAAUAAUAAUAUUUACUUUGUUACUAAGGUAACGUAAUCAACAAAAAUUGUACCACAAACUACCAAAAUCCCUGUGUCAGCUAUCCUUGAGGUGUUGAACUUUAGACAUUUCAAUAGCUACAAACUUUCUCUGGACUACGUGUAACAUUUUGCAAAAAAACCCGUUAAAAUCGGUCUAGUAGUUUUUGAGUCUAUAAAAAACAGAGAGACAGAAAUUCUUUUUUAUACACAGAAAUUAUUUUGUGUGUGUGUGUCUGUAACUAACUUUCUACUAGAAAUAUUAAUCUGAUUCACAAAUGUAGUAUAUUUUUUUAAAAGAAAAUAGUAUCUAGUUAAGAAGGUUGUUUUAUCGUCUUUCAACGUGAAGUUUUCUAUACGAUUUCAUUAUUUUUUAUUUUUUUGCAAUUUUGUUAAAAAUUAUUUUUAAGGGAUCUCACAUAAAACUCGAUUAUAUUUUAUAUUGAUUUUCUUAGUGUUUGUAUAGUUUAUCUGCGUUUAUUCUAAGGUUUUGUCACCUACUCGUUUAGUGAACUCCCUUCCAUAAAAUUGUUUAAUGUAAAUUUAAACUACUUAAUGACUUAUUUAGUAUCAAUUAUAAUUAUUCAUUAUAUACGCCUAUAGUAAGGUCUACAAUAAUAUUAGAAUGUAAAUUGACUAACUUGUAUCGUUUUAUCCAAGCAUUGUUAAAUUGUUAUUUGGGAGUUUUUUAGUUACCAACAUCUUUUGUUCACUAGUUAUCAUAAUACAUAUGUAUCUAAUGAAAAUCAAAACGUUUAAAUGAUAUAACUUCACCAAUUUAAUAUAAAAUAUAAAAAAACCUAAAGUGUACCAUACACAUUCUUCUAAAUUUUAUCAUAAGUUUGUUUUAAGAGGACGUGAUACACCAGUAAUUUGAGCGUAAAAACAUAGUUGGCGAGUAACAGAACCACUUUGUUAAUAAUUAUGAUAGAUUGACAAUUCUUUUUUCUUUUUUUUUUUGUUUUAAUAAGGAAAACUUUAGCUAUGACGUAGAGUUUUUAUUUUUUAUUUGGUACAAAAAGAUUUAAAAAUAUUAACUUUUAAAGUUUGUAAAUAUUUCAAGUUUUUUGUUUAUGAAUUGAGAUAAGUUAUUGGAAAAUGGAAAACGCUGCGUCACACAUAAUUUUUUCCUUAUUAAAACAAAAAAAAAAAAAUCUAUUUUCGAUCGAUCUAUUAUAAUUAUUAAAAGAAUGGUUUUGUUUCCCGUAAAACUGUUUUUCCGUUUAAAAACAUUGACAAAUAAUUAUUUCGCAACGUGGAGAUACGGUGCGCGCAAUACCAUCUCUCGUAGGUUGCACGCGAACAGCUUUAGGUAUCACAUCCUCUUAAUAGCAAUAUAAAAAUAUCAAAAGUAUGUAGUCACGAUGUUUGUUUGUUUUUUUUUUUUUUUUAAGCAUUUGACUGUUAGAUUUUGACAAACAUAUGAAGAGCACAAAGUUAAGGAAAUAAUAUAAAACAUUUUAUUAAACUUUCAUUCGAUAUUAUGUUUUCUGUUAAAACUUUAUUGUUUAAUUAAUUGAAUUGUUAAUUAUAAGUUGGUUUUAAAAAUAAACAUGGUUUACUUACUAAUAAAACAAAAUGCGUCAUUUUGACUUAAAAAUAAUUGUUUUAGUUUUAUCCCGUUUAUGUAUUCAUAAAAAAUAAAUUUAAAAAGUGUCCCGUUGGGGAUUCCUAAAAUAUCAGAGUACUUCGGCUGCAAUGCGGCGCGUAUAGAACACACGACUGUUUCUCUUCUUUUCAUUUACUUAAAAAAUAUACAUUAUAGUUUAUUCUAUCGAUUAUGCACGACUAGUAUUUUAUUUUAAUUAAUAACAUUAAAAAAAAAAUCAACAACAAUAUCCAACACAAUAAACACAAUAUUUAAAUGAUGGUAGUACACUUUUUACAAUCAAUUUUUCCAAAUUUUACUUUUCCCAAAUAAAUACCCAAUUUUUAUUCCCCAAAUUUACGAAUUCUAAAACCAUAAGAUAUAAUUAAAAACUGGGAUACAUUUUUAUUUUGUUUGUAUACGACAUACCAACCUAUAAUGUAUUCCUAUUUUCAACAAUUCAUUUUAAUUAUUAACAAACAUUUUUUUGUUUUAAUUGAGUUCAACUUUAGUUAUUUACUUAUAUUAUUAUACUCUAUUUAAUUAUGUUUUCCUUAGUAUAAGAAUACCCGUUGUUUGUAUUUGGAAAUGUAGCAUUAGGAAAAUAAACUACUGGGAAGUAUGGUAUUGGGAAAAAUAAUAUUGAGAUGGAGAACUUUAAAGAAAACGAAAUUUCAAGAGGAAAAAAUAAUAAAAUACUGUUUGAGAAAAGUGUCUCCUUAUCUUAUUAAUUUUUAAUUUUUUUUUUUUUUUUUUUAAUAAAUUUUAUUUUUCAUGCAAAUGAAAGCAAACAGAUUGUCUUUUUUUUAAAUUGUGUAGUGACUUGUGGUUUUUGUAAUUAAGAAAUUGGUUACAAGCUAUUUAAAUAAAAAAUGUUAAAAAUGUAUUUACGACACAGUAUUUUAGUAUUUUGAUAAGUUUUAAAGUAGAGCUUAAAAGCGAUUAUUGGAAUUUACAUUUUGAUUAUUUUAAUUCAUAUAUUUCAUACCACCAAACAAAGGAAAUAAAAUUAAAAUUAUUAAAUAAAUUAGCUAGGAUUGAUGAUUCUUCUUUUUCUUAAUAUACCGAUCCGUUUCGUAUGUUAGCAAUCAUUUGUGUUAUACAAAUUUUGUUGGCUGCACUUUGGAAUAAUUCUGCAGAACUUUUGUCAAAUUAUGUUCGAAAGUUGGUUAGCAGUAAUAUUUUUCUUCUUCCAGGUGAUCUUUUGCUGUUUCUUUUUUCUUUUAGGACACGCUGAAGACGGUCGUAUCAGUAUUUGUUCCAAUUUAUGAUUACAAUUAAAAAUACCCACACAGUUCGCACUAUACGCAUACAUAAAUUUUUUCCGAGAAAAAGCACAUCUUCGUAUAAUUAAUAAAAUCUUCGCAACACUUAGAAUCAGAAAGUUUUUUUGUAGGUGCACGAAUGAAUGCAGUUUUUUCAUUGAUGUUUUAUCGUCGUAAAAAGAGUGGGUUUUUUUUUUAACAAAUAUUUUUUCCGAUAUUUCUGAAUAUUGUUAUAACGAUAUGUAUACUAAAGGCUAAAGACAGUGGCAGAGUUUAGAUAUAAGAUGUGAAAAAUUGUGAAUAACCUGUAUGUAUAAUACGUUGGGGUAGCUAAAAUGGAAAAAAAUGGUGGACAAAAAAUAUUUGCCUUGAAGAGCAAAAUACCUUAGACCAACCCUGUGUAUACUAUUCACAUGGCAAUAUUUUGAAUAUCACGAAUGACACGGUGAAAUUACUUAAUAUUUUUAUUUUAACUUAAUAUUUCGUUUUCAAGCUUCGUGUGUCCCGUCUUAUCGGAUACAGACGAAAAAUUCGAACAAUUUGAUGAGCAAUUUGAAACCGUUCCACAUUAUUUGGCUUCUCUCAUAUCCAUCAACAUCGAAUACCAAACAAACUCGCUUAGUACCUAGUGGCUCUUAGUGUCGCUUCGAAAACUCAUGCAACAUUUGGUGGAUGAGUUCGUUUCUAAAAUAACAUAAUGGUACCCAUAUCAUUAAAUUUAUAAAAUGGAGGGUUAAUCUUUUUUUAUAUUUUAUAUUUUUUUAUUAAAUAUAACCUAAAUGUAUCAUAUUAAUAGGGCAGAUAUUUAUGUAUGCCAAAAAUAACAAAAUAUCCCCUUAAAAUAGGCUCUGAUAACAAAAAAAAAAAUGUAUAAAGAAGAAGCUAGCAUAUUGUUAAUAAAAUGGCAAACCCAUAGCAACAUAUUUAAGCAAAACAAAUUAACAAAUAAUAUUUUAUGAAAAACGCGAGUACUCAUUAAAUAUGUUAUCGGCUGCGAGCCAAUAUCUGAACAAUUAUUUUGUGAUUUUUGAUUUGUUGAAAUAAAAAUGUACUAAAUCCUUGAAUACGCUAAAACAUGAAAUAUAACUCGAAAUGUAAACUUUUAUGUAGAAUCGUUAUUGCAUGAAACACAUAUUUGGAAUACAUUUUAUAGCUAUUUUUUUUUUAUAGGCCGAUAAUAAUAUACAAAAGCACAUAAAUAUCUGCACUAUUUUGAAUUUGGGCGGGCGGGUAAUUAUAAAUAAAAAUAUCGUAUACAUUUUAUCUAUCAUAAGAUAUUCAUUAUCUUAGAAAGUAUUAACUUUUUUCGAAAAUUGUUAUGUAGAAAAUUUUAGAAACAAGCAGCUCUGCAAUUUUACAUUUAUGUUAUUUUUUGUCACCCUAAUUUUUGGGGGUGAAACGAUUACUUACUUUUGAUUUUCAAAUGGAAACCUAUAUUAAAAAUUCCGUAAAUAGAUGAAGUAGUAAUUAAAAUAAAUUUUGGUCUAUACAUUUUUAAUUUUUGUUAAUCCAUUUAAGGAAAUGUUCCACUUUGAAAUUUGGAUCGGGGGAGAGUAGUUGUACAUUAUUAAAAUGUCGCGCGCUGUUCCGCCACAUAAAUGAUGCUCCGCUACUCUCUCCCGACUAGAACUUAAAAGUGGAAUAUAUCGUCAACGGAUUAACGGAAAUUUAAAAUUUAAAAACCACAAUUUAUUUUAACUACUACUCCAUGUAUUUAUGGAAUUUUAAAUAUAGGUUGCCAUUUGAAAAUCAAAAGUAGUUAGUCGUUUCACCCCCAAAAAUUAGGGUGACAAAAAAUAACAUGAAUUGCAGAGCUGCUUGUUUCCAGAAUUUUCUUUGAAACAAAUUUGGAAAAAAAAAUGUAUACUUUCCGAGAUAAUGAGUGUCUUAUGACAGAAUAAUCACUCUACAUAUAUAUAUUUUUUUUUUUUUUAAAUUAGCCGCCACUGAACUCGUGAAUCUUACACCGUUUACGGUUACUGAACUUGCCGAACGAUGAUAUUCUGAAAGCGAAUACUAUUAUAUUAUUAUAUAACAUACUAUAUAUAGUUACUCUAUACACGAAUAUAUUAUUCCGAAUGAAUACAUUUUACCGCUAAAAUAUUUAAAGAUUCUCGGAACCGCCACUUUAAUUUUACAUUUGAAUAUGUCAUUAUUCGUUCAGUUUUAGUUAGACGUUUUUAACUCUACUAUAUACGAUUUACAUACUUUACCGCAAAAAUUAAUCUAUAGUUCUAUACGCGUCCGUCUUUUAUAGAAUUCGGGUUAGAUAUCAGAAAACUGAUUUAAUUUUUCUUCCUAUAGUUUCCGUAUUCAUAUUCCGAAAAGUUUUCUAUAUAUAUUUUCAAAAUCUAAUAUAUCUCAUAUGACAUAUGUACAUGAAUGUAUAUUAUACAUGCACUGCACAUGUAUAUUUUUUAUUAUUUUUAUUUUUAUUUUCUGUACUGCAUAUCUGGUUUAAGCCUGAAAAAUAAUAUUUAUUGUGUGCAUUCAACGUCGCAGAAUCAAAUAAUAAAACCUAUUUAAUAAUUUAUUUUACACAAGUGUACUAUAAAAAAUUGUUUAAAUUUUCAGUAAAUUUCUUGCUUUUAAAUUUCUCAACUAUUAUUAUAAUUUCUAUAGCAAAAUUUAUAUAAAAAAAAACAAGUUUUAAAAAAAAAUAUGAAUUGUAUAAACUUUCGUAAAUAUAUAAAUUAUAAAAAACUAAAAUAAAAAAAGUACAUAGUAUUAUUUUUACAAUAUAAAAUUAUGAAUAUUUUAAAAUAAAAACACUAAAUUCUUCAAAUUUCUAAAUGUAAAAUAUAAUUUAUAAUCAAGGUUUUUUUUUCUCAUUUUAAACAUUUUUAAAAAUCACUACACUUACGUGUCUCUAAGUUAAUAUAUAUAUAUAUAUAUAUAUAAUAACAAAUCAUAUUAUGACUUAUUAUAAUAUUUACUAUCAAUGUAUUUGUAUUAUUUAUGCUAACGUAAUACAAAUUCUAUGGUCAACUAUUUCUAUAUAAUAUUGUAAUAUCAUGAUCAAUGGCUAACUGCAAUAAUGAAUGUCGGUAGCCCGUAAAUAAUAAUCAUCGUUAAUUUAUUCAAUUAUAUGUAGUCGGAAAUUAUAUCGGACAAAAUGUGUGCAUUUCAAUAAUUUAAAAAAAAAAAAAGGAAAAAUUACUAGACACGUGUAGUUGUUGAUUUGUAUGUGUAUACAGUUACAAUUGUAUUUUUAAUUCAUCAGCUUUUAGUUGGGUUUUUUUCUUUUUAAACAGACACUGUAUGCAUAGUUAACACUGAAAUUAUCUCCCAUAUGUGUAUACCGUGUUGACUAUUUUAGUAUUUUCACUGAAGCCCAUAUAAUGCGUUAUUAUUUCGAAAUUGUAUUUAUUUUUUUUUUUUUAGUACUGUCUGUCUAAAGUUUGGACAGCCAAACGAUUUGGAAUUUUUUUUUUUAUUGAAAUUAAUUCACACAAAUAAUAUAAACCUCCAUACAAUUACUUUUAUUGUUUAUAUUUAUAUAAACAAAAAUAUAAAUGUUAUUAUCAAAUAAUACCUAUUAAUAAUAGUCAACAUUAAUUUGUAUACCCUCUUAAAUCAUCGAUAGUUUCGCCAAUCAAAAUGCAGGUAAAUAUUCUGCAAAAUAAUUAAUAUCAAUUACUAAAAUAACGACAGGUCUGUUGAAAGUAUUUAUUAUAUUAUUUUUUUGUUUUUUAUUUUAAUUAAACGCUAAAUUACCUGUAUAAUUUAUCGGCCAUUUGAAAUAUUUGUUUUAUAAUUAUAUUCGUUCGACCUUCAAACUUAUGCAGUUUCCAGCAAAUACUUUAAUACUCCUAACUUUACCAAUACGAAUAUUAUAUUAUUUUAUUGCAAUAAUAUUCAUGAGUUUCACAAGAAACGUGUCUCAUCGUAGUGCAUAGAACUUCACUUUACUUAUAUUAUAUUGUCUUCUUUCAGAAGGUAACUACUUUGUGUGUGUGUGUUGUUUUUUUUUUAUUUUUCGGCAGGCAUCAAACUCUCUAAGGUACCAUAAUAUCAUACGUAAAUUAUUAUACUCAUCUAUAUAUAAAGUCACGGGAUAAAACUUUUCGGGACACGUUUACUGUACCAAAAGAAAAAAAAACAGAAAGAUAUUAAAAAGAAAAAACCUGUAAAAUUAAUAGCACCCUCGUUCCGCACUAAGAACUAUUUAAAAUAAACAGAAAAAUACUGUAAAAAGAGGAAUAUUUCCUAAUUUCAGAUUACAUACAAGCUGAUUCGCGCAAUGCUUGCAGAAAAGCGUUUUGCGUAAAACUGAUACGUAUAAAAAGUGUUUUAUCAUUUUUGUUUUAAACUAUACGACUCGAAUCCUAAUAUGUAAAAUUAAACUUUCUCUCCGUACAACCUAUACAAUACGUGUUUAUUUUUUAAUGGUUUUUAUUGAUUUAUUUUUCAUAUACGAGCAUAUACACAUAUAAUAUAAAUAAUAUAAAUACACACUUUUUUUUAGGUUAUGGUAAUUUGGCACCGAAAACACCAGAAGGAAAAAUCGUAACUAUGGUGUACGCAUUGUUCGGCGUGCCGCUCAUGUUGCUAUGCAUAUCCAAUCUGGGAUCGUUGUUGGCCGGUACUUUUCAGUUCGCUUACUCUCAUUCGUGCUGUUUUUCAAAAAAAAAAUCAGGUAACGAAAAUAAAAUUACCUAUUUAUAUAGUAAAUAGUAUCUAUUAUUUCGUAAUAAGGUUAAAUUGACGCUUAUCCUUUCUUCGUUCACCCUUCUUCCACAAAAAAAAAAAAAAAAUCAUAAUAAUAACAAAGAAAUUACGUAUAAUAUUACCUAUACGAUAAACGAAAUUUCGUUUCGUUUUUAGUGUUGUUUUCACAGCUUCGUCCCGCCGAAAAACUGCAUAUUUAUCCGGUAAAUAUUGCACUACAAUAUCGCGAUCCCUAUAAAUGUGCGUUUUCGUACUAUGGGAUUUUAUUAGACUGCUUUAUAUAUUAUACGGUAGAUUAUUUGAAGGAAUUGCGUGGUAUACGAACGAUUUUUUUUUACGACCGUGUGCAUGGAGUACGCAAAUAUUAAAAUAUGUAAAUUAAUACCUAUAUCCUAUAUAGUGUUAAAACCCAGUAUUGAAAUAUAUAAAGGUAAAGAGGUAAAAACCUCGUUUAAAAUAUUAUAAUCGCAUCGGCCUCGUAGGUACGUAUAAGGGAUGACUCAUUUCGAUUACGAACUUCGUGCAGUUGACAUAAUAUUUUUUUUGUCACCGUUAUCGGAUGGUACCUAACGUAAACUUGAACGUGCCAAUAUUAUACGAAAUACACGAAAAAAUCAAAUUAAACUUUCAUGCAUUUGUUUAGUAAGCAUUAUAAUUUCCAGGUACGCGAUAUUCCACUAUAUUUAUACUUAAAGCAUGGAUAAGGUAAACAUUUUUUUUAACUGUAGUAACUUUAAAUUAAAUUAUCAAAAAUAAAAAACUAAGUUAAGUUAUACAUAUUCAGGAAAAUGAUAAAUAAGUUGAGUUAAAAGUCAUUUUUUUAAAACAACACUCCCGUACUCAUAAACAUAUUUUUUACCUUAAUAUUAAGACUUGCUGCACAAAACUCGUAUGGGUAUAUUUGCAAUACAAUUUUUGGACCGAAUGCCCUUCUUGUUACGUGAUAAUGAUAUUCACUUAAAAACACGUAGGAAAUGUCAUAAAUCUAGGUACACUGUUUUCUUUGAAAACAAAAUUUUAAAUAAUUUAAAUUUUGACAAAAAAUAACUAAUUUAAAAUUAUUUAUUAAAAGAAAUGAGCAGGUUAUUUUUAACCUUCGCCCAGCAAGGAAUAUUUUAGUUUUACUACUAUGAUGUUAUUAAUUUUAUUUUGUAUCUGUAAAUGGCUUUUUUUCUCUUGUGUAAUUCGGUUAAAAAUAAUUAUAAAAUACUUAUUAGCCUUUUCUAGACGUUGUCGAAUUUUCGAAAUAUUCUGUUGAUUGUUGUAUUGUUUAAAGACAUUUAACAUUUUCAAAAUUUUAUUUGUUUUUAUGUAAAUAAAAUUAUUUUGGCUAACAGAAAUGUUUGGAAAUUUCACAAAGUCCAUUAUAAGUUGCACUUAAUAGUAAAAAAAAAUUGAGCAUAAUGUAGAAAAUGUUAUUUUUUAUGAGAGUUUUAAGUUAAAAUUUUCAAAAUACAAAAUCAAUUUAAACUUGUCUAAAUACUAAUGGCUCUACAGGCAAUCUUUCUUCGUUUGCAAUGAUUUUAUCGGAGUUUGGUUUUCUUAAUCGAAUUUCUCGCAAAAUACUCGGGGACAAUAACUUCUAUAAUUAUAUAGCAUCUACAAUAUACUAAUAACUGAUGUGUAUUAGGUUAACAGCGUGAAGUAUACUGCACAUAGACAAUAAUAUGAGAAACAUCCAGCCGUCGGCACUCUAACACCAACACGUAUAUUUGGUAUUUAAUGGCAGUUGUCCCGGUGGAAUUAGUCGGUUUGUAGUUAAAACUAACGACGUUUUAUGUAUUUUUUUUUCUAAUUGUGUAAAAGCGCGGUAAAUCGAACAGUUGAUAUUUCAGCAUAAACUUCAAUAAUGCCGGCUGACUCGGCCGGACGAUCGGCAUUUACCUGCCGUCAGGCGUGUUAUUUCGCAACGAAUUCGCUGGCUUAGGGCACCCAUUCUUCCUUCCCACGUGAACUCCAAAGGUGUGAAAAAUAAAACAAAAAGUUUUUCGAGAUUUCGCAUAAAUAAUUAAUCCAAUUAGGUGGACGGGUUUCUCGUCUCUACCGAGCGACACUCCGUGGCACUAACUGUGAUUUACAUUUCGAUUCCUCGAGGUUGAAUAUAAUUAGCGCACUUUUUAGGUAUUUUUCUUCGCCAAAUACACCCGUGAGUAAUAAAUUUUACUGCCAAAAAGUUUAUACUUUUCUCUACUCGUAACGUAUAAAUAUUUCAAUCUUUUAUAGCGUCUUCGUGGUGAUAACAACAAUAACAUAUAAUAUAUAUGUAGUGAUAAAAUAGUAUUACCUUAUUUUAAAAUUACGAGCUGUUGACGAAUAUAUAUAUUUAUUUUUUUUUAAACUUUUCUCUCCAGAAUUUUUAAAGCAGGAUUUAUAUUUUAGUACCGUCAAAAAGAAUGCAUCAUCCUCAGAGCACACACUUAGAUACUUGGUGCAAUAAAUUUAACCAUGAAGAGCAUCUGUCAAAUACGAGUCUACUUUUUUAUUAUUGUUAUACUAUGCUAAACGCUCAACUGUUGUUUUUUUUUAAUAAUUUAAUAUUUUUUGAAAAGAACGGAAACGAAACUUCUCGAAACGUCUCUGAGAAUAAAUUCCAAUUUAAUUCCUUUAGAAAUUGAUAUAAAUUAAUAAUGCACAAGAAUAAUACACCUAUCUUUUGAAAUUUGUUUUUAAAAAUAUUUUAUGUAAAUUGAUUAUGUUUUACGCUUCAAAAGUUUAAAUAUCAAGUUUGGUAAUAAUUCUUUUAUUUAUAUUUAAAAAUAAUUUUUUUCAUAUUAGUACGAAAAAAAAAACUGAAAAUAGUGAGAUACAAUUCCACCGGGAGACAGGAUAAUGUUGUUAGUAUUCAUGUUGCAUUGUACUUCUACUUGCAGUGACAUAAUAUUAUUUAAAAUUUGAAAAGCAUAAUUAAAAUAUUAACGUUCCCUCUAAAAUUAUAAUAUUUUCUCAUCGUUUUAGGGAAUUCAUAAUACUAUUUAUAUAUUAGUAGCACAAAGAAGUGUAAAAGGGAUGGCUUGUUCAUUCCUUCACUCAGAAUAUUAACAUGACUUACUAACGAAAUAUUACAUCUUAAUUAAAAUACCUUAGGAAUACAACGUUUAUGUUAUAUUAUACAUACAUUAAAUAAGGUAUCAUAGGUAAUUAAAAUAAUAACUCCCUAUAUUUAACCGAAAUAUUACACAUGAAAAGACCACAAACAAGACGAAAAGAUUCUGUAUAGAAAGACAUUUGGACGGUGAACAGCAAUAUGUGCCAAUAAAACAACUGGUAUUCGAAAUGGAAAGUUGGAAAUGAUUGCUUGUUGCAGCUCAGGUUCUACAGGGUUCUACAACGACUAUUUUUUCUAGUUCGUGUGUAAGUUUACAAAAGUAGUUAUUGAAAGUUUACGGAAAUAGUGGUUUUAUUAUUUUAAAUUUGAUUUUUUGUUGUUAUUUGGUUAAAAAUAACCGUAGAGACACGAAAAGUUUACAAAAUACUUAUAUUGGCGUUUUUUCGACGUGAUAAAAUGCUCAAGAUAUUCUUACGACUUUGAGCUAUUUACAAGCAUUUAAAAUGUUUAGAUCAUUGAAAGAGCGAUGCGACGUUAUGGUAGUAGCGUAGGGGGAGUUAAUCAGGUGGUGAUGCAGAUGAAGAGUAAUUAUAAUUACAUUGAAUGGCGGUGUAUUUUAAAAGCAGCAUAACGUAUAACGUUAUGGUGCAUUUAUUCACCUAAGUUCAAAUUUUGACGAACAUUAUAAAAAUCACUGCAUUUUAAAAUGUAAAAAAAAAUGUAAAUUUACUUUACUCAGAACAGUAUUUCGUCAGCAAUGAUUUAUACAGAUAUAAAUUAAAUAACUUUAGAUAUUCUACACUAUCCCACCUGCCCACCUAUAACAGUGACAGUAUCAGCUUUUGUUUUCCUAUUUAUAUUAGUCCAUUUUGUACGCCUUUUAAAAUAAAUCUUACCCUCUAAACUGUAAGAAUCAAAUAAUUAUAUUACAGACUAGUAUUUUACACACCUAAUUCAACAAAUAUCAUAGUCGAAUAAAGCUACUAAACUUUCUAAUGAACUACUAUACCAGCUUCUUUCGGAAUACUCCAAAAUUGAGAACUAUAAAGAUAACGAUUUAAGAAAAAUGUCAAUAUUAUAAUAAGUGGCAUUAAAAACUUUGAACGUGAACCACUUGAGACAAUAGCUUGUGAUGUGAAGUGUGUUGUCGUUUUAAAAGUUUGGAAGCCGUAAGUUAUUAUCGAAUUUUAUCCUAACCAGAAAACAUUGUUUUAUAUAUAUAUUGUGUAUAUUAGGGUGUUUCAGAAUUUUUUUGUUUUAUCAUAUGUUUUUCUUCUCGUAAUAUUAAGUUCCUUAGAGCUAAAUAAUGUUCCCCAAUUUUUUCAGAUUAUUUUUUAGAUUUGUUAAGGUCACGAAUAUCGUUUAUAGGAAAAAAAGUUAAUUUUUUUUUGUUUUUAUUUUUUAUGCGUGUAAAUAAUAAUUUUUAAGGAGGAUCUUAAGAUCAAAAAUUAUCAUCAGAAAAAAAUAAACAUACUAAUAUUUUUUUUCAAAUUAAAAAAUCUACAUUUUACCUUUUGUUUAGAAAUUUAAAAAUACAUUUUUGAAUAAUUUUGAUAAAUCAACCCUUUUAACCACCCAUAAAUAUAUUUUUAUGGGUUGAAAAUAUUUUUGACUUGUACUCCGUUUAGUUACCGAGAGAAUGGUUAAACUUGCUUAUUGAGUUACACACAUGAUAUAACUUCAAAUCUAAUUAUUUUUACAAUUUUAUAGUUUAAUGGAACUAAUUCUUUUACUGUAAACUAUGAAAUAUGUAGAUUGUAGGUACAUAGCUAAGUAUACCUAGCAGAGUGAAUAGAAAAUGAAAAUAAAUAAUUAAAUAAUAAAUAAAAAUAAUAACUGAACACUUAUUAUGGAAUAAAUACUCGUAUGAAGAAUAAAUAAAGGUGCAAUAUUGAGUAGUUUAGAAUUUGUUUUCCUUUUUUGUGCAAACUAGAAAAAUUAUAUUGCAUAUAGAAAUUUGUUUUUCUGUUAUGUGUAGGUAAAGAGAAUUAUGUAAAAUGAUCAAUUUUAAUGGUAAACUGACAGCAUUUUUAUCCACACUUUUUCGUCACAAGUUCCUACUAGUCAUUAAAUUAAUUUCCUUUUACUAACUGUUUUUCUCAUUAUUUAAUAUUAUUUAUUAAAUUUAUGGAAAAACAAAAAAACGUUAAUCAAACACGAGAUAUAAUCGACCUGACAUCGGAAUUUAUACUUAAACUGUCAAAUAACCAAAUCUUUUUUAAAAAUUUAUAAACAAUUUUUAAUUUGAAAAAAAUAUUAGUAUAUUUACUUUUUUCUGUUGAUAAUUUUUUAUCUUACGAUCCUCCAUUAAAAUUAUUAUUUACACGCAUAAAAAAUAAACACAAAAAAAAAAUUAACUUUUUUUCCUAUAAACGAUGCUCGAAACAUAACAAAUCUAAAAAGCAAUCUGAAAAAAAUUGAGGAACAUUCUUAAAUUCUAAAGAACACAAUAUCACGAGAAGAAAAAUGAUAAAAAAAAAUUCUGAAGCACCCUAAUAUACACAAAUGAAAUAGAGUUUUUAUUUUAAACUUUAUAAUCUAUAUUACAAAUAUUUAUUUUCCUUUAAAUUUUCACUAUAGAGGUAGUUUGUGUUAUGCAACUUUGCAAGUGGAAUUUUAUUUAUCUUAAUAUUUAUGUUUAUAUAAAUUUUUCGUUAAAUAUAAACACCAAACGUCUCUUUUUCUUUUUCUUCUCCUUCAUCUCAACUAUUUGGGGUCAGCCAAAUGUCUAAUAAUAUAAUAUAAAAUAUCUUGGACCUUCCUGCCAUGUCCAAUCACAUGUAUACAUAUAACUGUAAAACGAAUAAUUUGUAUUAAUAUUAAAUUGAAAUAUUCAUAUGCAUAAUAUUUUUAAUAAAACUUCCAUAGAAUUUUAAAAGUUAACAUUUUUUUAUUAUUUCACGAUCUCAAAAAGAAAAAUUCAAUCAAGCUGCAGAAUUCUCAAAAAAUUCAAUAUAAAAAUUCAUCUUCACUACUCGUUUCGAAAAUGUAAAAACCUAGAAUUUUUUUUCUACAUACGAUUUCGCAUAUUUUACUAUUAACAUACAAACACUUGAGUUCGACGUGAAAACAAUUUUAAUUACCUAUUGGAAAACAUCACCGUGUCGAAUUUGAUAAAAUAAUAUUGUGGGAAAUUUGUUUUAGAUGGAGAGUUUUUAUCGCAAUUUAUUAGCACACUGAUAGCGAUAUGUAUAAGUAUCAAAAUAAGUAAUAAUUUAACUCAAAAGUUCUGAUUAGCUUUAUAAUGCUAGUUAAUUUCGUGUUGAUUUAAAAUAUAUUUCACAGAUAAUUUUUUUAAUGCCGUGGUAUAUUUCUCUUUAUCAUAUUCAAAUUUCAAUUGCUCAAUAAUAUUAAAACACUAUAUUAUUAUUGUUAUGCCAUACCCGACCUAAGACUACAAGUAAAAUAAUGCUUACUUUAAAGAAUAUCGAAAAAUUAAUUUUGUAGAAAAAUAGGUCAUAUGACAACAUAAUAUAAUAAUGUCCUCGUUGUAUGGUUGUAAAAAGAUUUUAUCUUCAUAAUAAAUAAAAAUGAUUCACCGAUUCAACGAUAAUAUACUGCGCGCAGCAGUCUUUCCAACUAUUUAGGUAUUUUAUAACGUGUAACACGUACAGUCAUUAUCGUGCCCCCUCCAAUGCAGUUUAUGGAUCGUAUAAUAAUCGUCGUUUUAAACUCGGAUGAUGGUAAAAAUCCCUCUCGGUACAUUAUUAUUUCUAUCGCGUACACGAUAGGAUUAGUUUUUAUAUACAUAUAAACACGCCGCGGUUCGCGAACGAUAAACUUUAUAACAUGCGAACGGCGAUUAUUAAAGACUGUCUCCUCGGGUCUGGAUAAAAGUAUAAUAAUUCGCUAUCGCACGGAACGGCCAAAGUGGUUUUUAUUGGUGAGAUAUGGGGUGGUUGUCAAUUUUGUCCGACUCGGUAUGAUCAAAAAAAUACAAGAAAAAAUUGAUAUCGCACAUUAUUCCUAUCAGAAUCUAAAAAUUGUAAAAACAAUUCUUAAACUUUUCACGUUUUAGACAUAUUUUGUGUAGGUAUAAAACGCUAUGUUUUUUUAUGAAUUUCGAUUGUUCAUAGGAAACGCGCGAAUGUUUUAUCUACAAUCUAGAUGAUCCAGUCUGUUUUAUUUAAUUUUUUUUUUUUGGGGGGGGGAGAGAGCCUUCAAUCGACUUUGCCGCCAAUCGACGGUAUAAAGUAAAUCAAAUAAGGUCGCGUAACAAUAUUAUCAUGACGACGACGAAUAUUGAUAAUAAUAAUAAUAAUAAUAAUAACAAACAUAACCUUAUAUUGAAGUGAUGGGCAUCGGUCGAAAAGUAUAUGCCUAUACGCGUAUUAUAUUACUGACUACUAAACCGGACUACCGGAGACUGUGUUUUUAUUUGUCCCGAAUAUUUUCGGUACCAAUAUUGGUUUUUUUUUGUUUUCUGCCGGCCGGCCAGAUGAGAAAACCUCUAAUAUCAUAAAAUAUAAGUGUAUGUAGGUACCCAGUGAUGUAAACAUAAUAAUAUGUAAAUAUGACGUAUGCAAACAAUAAUAUCACAGGCGCGCGCACACACAAGCACACGAUCAGCGGAUAUUCGUCGGGUCGAAACGUACACAAUAAUAAUAAUAAUAAUGUAUACACGAGCGUUAAAUUUGUCCUCUGCGCACAACCCGACUCUAAUCAGUCGGUAUAAUUGCGCGACACCGUCUGAGUGAAUAUUUCGUGGUGGGUGAUGAGGGAAGUUUGACAAACCGCCAGUAUAAACAAUUUGUUUUUCCCGCUUUAAACCAAUUUUAUAUGUAUCAAGAUAUUGUAAAACCAAAAAAAAAAAUGUUUAAAACCCCUCUCUCAGUCAUUGUCACCGUAUUAGCCUCGUAUCGUCCUCGCCGAUCCAACCGAAAUACCUGGUUUUUCGUAGUAUUUAGCAGUUUGUUGUUAACGAUGAUCGGUCAACACAUAAUAUAUGUCUCCCGGACUAUUGAUAGAGAUUAAUAUCUCUAUCAAUUAAUUUAUUAUUAUUUUUGUAAAUGUGUUUAUUAAUUUUUAUGAUAUUUAUAUACCAAAAUGAUAAUAAUAUUUUAAUAUUUGAACAUCUUUACUAAACUUACUGAAGUAUUUAAGACAAAUUUCUCAUUAAAAUGUUAAAUUUUACCAUAAAACUUAUAUCGUAUUCAAUUUUUUCAUAAUUAACUAACCUAUCAUAAUAUUUAAUUAGUACUAUCCAUUUAGUUUAUAGGGUUAAUAGCAUCUCAACAAUAAUUUUAAACGGUUUAAUGGUCAUAUUUUAAAUUAUGCAUAAAACAAUAAUUUUAACAGUGAAGACCUUUUUUUUUUUAGAGAGAUAUUUUUAUCCUGGACCAACCAGGGAGAUACUUGUAUGCAGUGUAACUUUUUUUCUUUUUUUUUCUAUUUUAGUCGGUUAAGUUAAGUUGGAGAAUCGGUCAACUUAAGUCAUCGUAGCUGCGGGUAUAUAAAACGAAUAAAUGUUUGCUAUUUUGUUUUUCUAGAACGUUAAUUUAUACGAUAAACCACGUGGAGCGCUGCAAUACUAUCGCUCAUCAGUGAGAGUAUUUUCUUUUACAUACAUAUUACAUUACUUACUCUAUAAUAUAUAUGUAUGUAUAUAAAAUUUAAACUUUCUAAUUUAAUUUCGCAAACGGUGAGUAUAAAAUAUUUUUUCUAUCCGACUACUACAAUUAAAUUAAAUUCAGAUACUUUUAACGGUAGGUAGGUCGGUAUAUAUUUGCCAAUUCCGUGCACGUACGUUGCGCGUAUCGUUUUUGAUUAUGCGCAUUUAAUUUUUGCAGUUUUCUCGUCCGAACUUUAUAGUUAUCGAAAGUACUGUAUUAUAGAUGCUGUAAUAUUUACAUUCAAACGAUAUCAUAUGUAUUUAUUCAAUUUCCCAUCUGUUCCGCGAAAGUAUUCAGAUAAUUUUAAAAUGUUGAUUGUUAUAAUUCACGAAUAAAUAAUAAUUAAUAAUCAUUAUUCAAAAACAUGAAAUAAGGUUACCUAAUACAUGUUUCCUGUUGUAUAAAAGUUAUAUAACUAAAAUAAAAAGGUUUGGGGACAUAAUUUUAUUAUGCCAACUAUCACACUUGGCCAAGUAAUCGGAUAAAACUCCUGAAAACAUGCUAAAAAUUUUUAUAAAGUUUACUUAAAAACGACUUCCACUCUUUUGAAAUUGAACCCUUCAAAAUUUAAUUUUUUGGGGGUUUAAAAAAGAUAGAUACAAUUAAACGAAAAAAAGAACUGAUAUCCGUAACCCCUUAAUAAAUUAGUGAAAGUCUUACCGUUAACGUGGCUAUUAAAAUGUAAAAAUAAAUUUUUCGUUUUACAAAAUUUGGAAAAUCAGCACCCAACUCAACCUCUAAAAGCUAUAAUAAUAAAUUACACGCAGUCAAUUUUAAAUUAUUUUUCAGUAUGUAUACGGAUAUUGAAAAUUAAUCAUUAAUUCAACAGCGCCUAUUAAAAAUUUAUUCGAUUACGAUGAUAAUAAUAUUUUUUUCGCGAUGUUUGUAUUUCAUAUCUAUAAAAAAAAAAGGAGAAAAAAAGAAAACCAUUAAAGUGAUCUUUAUAUAUAGUUAAUCGGGUUCGGAAGUUAUAAUAUUAUUCCCUUUGAUAUUCCAGUCAAAUUUUUCCCGACAGCCACGGACUUAUUCUAUAUUCAUAAUACAAUAAUACGAGGAUGAUGUCUGCAGAACGAGAGAAAAAAAUAUAUAUCAUAUAUUAUUGUGUUAUUAUUUCGGGUACAUGAUUUUCGACUCAAAACAACGUGCGUUGUAUUUUACAUAUACGUACAAAGUUCAACUAUUGUUAAAACUGCCACAUCCGUUUGAACAUUAUUCUGUUUUUACAGCCGUUUUCUUCGAAAAUGUGCACAGUCUCGUGGCUAUAUAUUGUGUAUUAUUUUCAUGUUUCAGGCUUAUCAAAAAAUUACACGUGCGUUGUUAACACAAUUCAAAUAUUUUAAUUAUACUUACCUUUUGAUAAUUAUGACGUGCAUGUUAUGUAACUUUAGCCGUUUUUAUGAUGUUAGAUAUACUUUGAUUGAAACCUUAAGUUUGUUUAGUAAUUAGCAAUAUUUCAACACUUUUUGUCGCGAAAACCUGUAGCGAAAAAUGUUUUGUCGUUAGUAUAUGCAUUAUUCGUAUCGUCAAAGGCAAUAAAAUUUAAUUUUACAUCCCGGUAGAUUACGUUACGGAUGCAUGUUAUUUUAUUAUUAUUAUACUAAAACAAAUAAUUUCAAACAUUGUAAUUGCGUGGAUAACACAUAUAUCAUUAUAGAUAACAAAUUCACUGUUGUUUAAUGGGUCACAUAGUUUAAUCAAUUUGGUUUUAAAUAAUUGUUAACGUUUAAACGAGUAGGUACAUGUGUGACGGGCAUUUCAAAAAAUGUCUAAAACUUCGAGUCUAUACAUGGUAUUAUGAUACGCACUACACAAUGGUCAGUUUAUUUACUUUUAUUAAAGUAAAUAUGAUCAAAGAAAUGGACUCCUCUCGUUCCUACUAGCUAAGCACAAAAUUAUUUGUAAGCAUUUGGCCAUGGAUCAGUAUAAUGCAUAUUUAUAUUCUGUAAAUUAAUUACGUAAUACGUAUCGCUGACGAGUGAAAUAAUUUCGAAAAGCGUAUUCGCUGUGAUUAAAUAUAUAAACUUAAUUAUUUCAAUCGAAUGAUUAAUUAUUUAUACGAUUGUAUAUUGGUGAAAAAUACCAAAAUACGAGUGUUAAGACAUUUAUUAUGUAUAUUAAGAAUAUUAUUAUAGUUAUUAUUAUUAUUAUUUGUAUUAUUGUUAUUUUUGUUAUUGUUAUUAGUUUAAUCAGUAUUAAUAACUAGUAUGAUGUUCAUUUUGAUUUCUUAAAACUGUGUCAUUACAAUGUUCUAGUUGCGUGUUUAUUGCUUUUAUAUUUCUGUUGGUAGGUACAUAUAAAACAUUAAAAUACUGAAUAAUAAUAUUGUAUGUUUACGAGGAAUAAUAAAAAAAUAAAUUGAUACUCCCCACUGUUGUUGAUGGAUAGUUGUAGGUGAAUAGACAAGGUAGAAUUCACAGGGCAAUUCAAUAUAUACUGUAUAAAAUGACAAAUCAUUGAAAACGAAAACGAUUCUGAGUGGAGUAAUAUUAAUCGUAUUUUCCUUGUUUCCAAGGGAACCUACUUGAUCUAGAUAUCUACAAGAAUUAAAAAAAAAAGAACUAGGGUGUACACUGGUUAUAAAAUAAAAAUGUCGAUAAAUAUUCAAAUAAAAUACCACUGACUUGUUUGAUAUAAUGCGUUAAAAGUCGGUAUUUUUUCCUAAUCAAAAAAAAAAUGUUGAAACAUUUUAAAAUAAUUUUAUUAUUUAUGAGUGGAGAGUUUAUCUUGUAAUUAAUUUCACGUUUAUUUUUUAACUUAAUUUAUAUAUAAUAUUAUAGAAUGUAUAUAAUGUAUAUUGUAUACUGUAUACCAUAGAGUAGUCCUUAUUUCUGAAGUUUCAAUUUUUUUGAUUUUUUGACCCGCAACUAUUUUCACUAUCUAUUAUAAUUAGAAAAUAAUUUUAGUUGCAAUUUUCAAUGCAUAUUUUAAAUAAAUCUUAUAUUAGACUUUGACCAGUAAAAAUGUUUUCAAAUAAAGAAUUUCUAUAUACUUAAAUGUGUUUAAUAAUGUGAAUCGUUUAGGUAAUUAAAACACUAUAUUUUUUUUAUGAUUUUUAGGAAUAUUUUUUUAGUCAUCACAUCACCAUCUCCAACUAUCUCUAACUACCUUGUAAAAAAAAAAUUUAAAAUUACACAAAAAAAAAUAUUUUGUUUCUUUGUCGAUCAGUAUUCAUUUAGUUAUUUGAAUUGACUUCAAUAUUUUAGACUCGGAGCGUAUUUUUUUUUCGUAUUAUUAUAAAAUUUAUAUUUAUAAUUUAUAUAGUUUACCUACGUUAUGAUUUAUGAUUACAGAUCCUAUACAGAAAAAUAAAUGUUCUCGUUUUUUUUUUUUUUUUUUUUUUUUUAAAUAUUCCAAACAUAGGAAAGUAAAAAAUAAUAAUUUUUAAGAAAGAGCUGAUACUACUGAUGGGUGUGCCACUGUUAAAGUUGGGAAGGCAAAAUACAUAAAGUUCUUUAAUUCAUAUUUUUACGCAGCAAUAAAUCAUUGCUAACGAAAUAAGAUUCCGAGCAAAGUUUAGUUAAAUAUAUUUUAAAAUGCCACGUUAUUUUUUCGAUUUUCAUCAAAAUUUGAACUUUAAACAUGCAUAAAAAAAAACUUCAAAAACAAUUUAUCCACUUAAUAACAAAUAAAGACUAAAGAAAAACUACAAAAUGUAAAAUGUCUACAAAUAACCAUCAAAUCGUCAGAAUAUUUUCCUUUCCUCCCUCCCCCAUUAUUAUGAAAAUUUAAAUUAAAAUCAAUAGAAUACCGUCCCAAUACAUCAUGAAGUUAGAUACAAUUUAGUUUCAGAAAAAUGCUACUCUUGAAAAUCUGAGCAAUAUUUCUAGCAUAAAUGUUGCUUACAACCAAAAAAAAAUACACACAUGUCAUAUUAAAACGUAUACAUCCCUUACAGUGUUCCGAAUCUAAAACACGAACGUUAUAUUUUUUACAUUACAUUGUUUAUUUUGUAAUGUCAACUCGGCGAAAACUGUCUUCACUUAAAAAUGUUAAUGUAUCAAAUAUGGUAUAUAGUUACUAUCAUUUAUAUGCAUAUAUACAAAUAUAUGUAUAUGAUUACCUGUAUCACUUGUAGUAGAUAUUACAUAAUUCUGCAUCUACAAACAUUAAACAACGGGUUCAGCAUUUUAUUUGCACUAUCGUUAUCACGAGUAUGAAUAAUAUUAUAUACGAAUUGAAACACAAAAUCUGUUAUGGAUACAGUUUACAACAACCGAGAGUUUUAACAUGAUGAUGAGUGAUGAGCUUUGAUUAAAUUAAACGGGAACAGAAAUUGUUACUAAAUCGCGGGAAUAAAUUUUUUAAUCAAUAUCACGGUGUUUUAAUGUUUUAUUAUAAGAAAAUUACAAUAUUUUGUUUGAUAUUAUCCAUAAUAAUAUUAUUUUUAUCAAGCCCUAUAAACAGUAUUUUUUACAGAAUCAAUGUAUAUAAUACUAUUUGGGGUGAGGGUAUGUAGUAUUUUGACGUUGAACUUAUUUGAAAAAAACUAAACUUAACCUUUUAUUAUACAAAAUCCGAGCAAGCGUGAGUUAUGAACAUCUUUGGGUAAAUUAUAGAAAAUUGUCAAACUUUACAAUUUUAAUAAGUAUAAAGAAUAGGUACAUUUUACAUUUAGAGCCUAAUGAUCUGUUUUGCGAUGGUGGGGUACCGAGAGGUUUGUUGUCCACGAAAACUGUCUCGUGUCUCCUAUACAGAAAGAUAAAUACGACUUUCUAUUGUUGUUGCAUUUAAUCGCUGCGAACAAAGUUUUCAACGAAGAGGUAAAAAUAAACGGACGAAAUGAAAAUAAUAAUAUAUUGUUGACUGACGUGUCUGCCGGCUGCUACCGUCAUAAUAUAUUAUUUAUUAACUCAACGAAACAAGAGUAGGUAUAAAAAAUAAUACCGUUAUAAGAAAUCUAUAAUAUUUAAGUUGUUGAAUUUUUCUUUUUAUUUAUUAUAUAUUAUUUAGUCAUAGGUAUGCACACAAUAUUUUAGGUAUUUUAUAACCAUGCUCCGAAAAAUCUUCAAACCAUUGCUUACUAAAAACGAUUCUAAACGGAAUUCAGUUGAUAAUAAUAUUUUGUCAAUAAUAUAUACGUAAUAUUAUGGUAAAAAAAUAAUUAAAUAAGCAUUAUAUAUUUUAUUUAAUAGUAUUUGUUAAUAUAGUACUGGUUUUCCCGUUUUCCCUACGUUUUCCCUGUUUGUCCUAUGUUUUUCCACGGUUUUUCACAUUUGCUGGGAAAAUUCUUGGAAAAAUCGAAAAACAACCUCCUUAAAAUACCACCUCAAGAAAAUUCCUUUUUAGAAAAAAGUCUACAUCGUAUACAUCAGAGUAAGCUUUCUGGUAGAAAAAGUAUUCACAUUAAGAAAAAAAAAUAAAUAUCUGUGUAAAACCAAUACAUUUUUCACUAUACUCAGAAUCUAAAAAAUAGUAAAAACCAUAUCCGAAAGUAAAAUUUCUAUUAGAAACGAUUGUUAAUUAUUUACUUAAAUUCCACCAAGGCGAAAUGCUAUAAAAUAUAUAAUUGUUUUGUUUUUGUGAAAAUUUCAAAUUAUGCAGUACACAGUCAUUUUCAAAAACGCAUAGACCUCAUACACAAUAAUAAGAAUAUAGAAGCCAACGCUUUAUUUUAAUUUUCGAUUAUAUAAUAAUAAUAUUCAAUCUGUUCGUACAAUUCAAGUUAUUCGGUUUUUCAUUCAUAUUUAAUGUUGAAAAUAAUGUUAGUACAAGGAAAUUUUAUCUUAUUAAUGAAAUAAAUAUCAGUUCAACGGUGAUUAUAACAAUUGUGAAUUCGUGUUUAAUCUUCCAGCGUAACAUCAUUGUAAUUUAUAUAUAACAAACAAUUUUUAACGAUACCCGGUGAUAGUGUUAAGUUUUUCAACCAUAUCGUCUGACAAUUUAUACUCUUGUUUAUUUAGUGUCUGUAGUUUAAUUUAUCGUGUACAAGUACCUACGACUUAUGAUUUGUGUUGUUAGACUUUUUUUUUUUUUUUCGAAUAAUUAUUCUGGAUUUUAAAAUGUCCCGGUCGUAACGGUGGCGGCGGUAAGUACACCUACUUUUAAUUAAGGCGAUUAAUCAAAGCGUUAAUAUAUAGGCAUAAUGCACUUAAAGAACAUGACUGAACAAAAUCCGGCCAUAUAUCGUACCAUGGUAAGGCUACUGUUAUAGGUACGACGCUAGGAAGGUAGAAAAAAAGAGAUAUAAGUUAUAAUUUUAACCUAACCUUAAAAUAAAAAAAUUAUAUGAGCGGAGCUCGUUAAAUUGAUAAUAAGGCUAUUUUAUAUAUUAUGUAGUGUUUAUUUCCUCUCUUGUACAACUAAAGUAACCGAGAAAUCAACAAAAACAAUAUGUAUAUUAUAUAUGAAUAAUAUUAAUAAUAUUUUGGGGUUUUUUUGAAUUGCAUUUUAAAAAAAAAAAAUAUUCGGAAUAUAGAUAUUUUGUUCAAAUAAAGCAACACUAUUGACAGAAAAUCCACUUUUUAAGACAUAAGUACUGUACAAACAGCUUUUACUAACUAAAAUUAGGGUUUUCAUGGAUAACACAAAUCUUAGUAUUAACUAUUUGAGCUUUUUCGCUACUCUCGAAAUUCUUUACAACUACACUGGCUCUUAUAUUGUACGAUACAAUUUAAUUUUCCCUCUAUAUCCUACCUUUACAACUUCCCAACUUCUCACUAACAACAAUGAAUACACCCGUCCCCAUUAUCCUAGGACAUUUUUUUUUUUCAUAAAUCUUUAAUCAUAAGUCUUUAAAUUAUUAAUACCACCGUGGAAAAACUUUCAUGGCACUGCUUCAUUAUUUUUAUGAUGAAUGUAUUAAUUUUGUGAAAUUCAAACUAACCUGCAUUUUGAAAGGUGUGUUAAAUAAUAAUGCGAUUAUGAUUGGCCGUCUAACAUAAUUUUAAUUCACACGUUAUUACACCCCGUUGGAAUACAUAAUCUCGCGUAUAGUUCACAAUAAUUAUCAUUAUCGAUUCGUGUUCAUCCGCAAUAAUUUUAUAAUUAGCAUUAUGAAGGAUUUUAUUCGGACAUAGAUUUAAAAAGUCAAUCGAAUUGAUUAAAAGUCAAACACCAAUAAGAGCUGGACAAAACAACUAGAUUUACUAUUUCGGUGCAUAAUUACUAUACAACGAAGAACAUGACAAAAUUACAUUCCGUACAAUAAUAGAUUGUGGCAUUUUAUAAACUGGGCAGUAGUUAUAAUUACAAAAAGUUAAUAGUUAAGUUACGAGUUUUUUUUGAUAAUUUUUAACUAAAUUAUUUCUGAUUUUUUUUUUUGGCGAUUUUUAACUGCCUGUUUUGUUAAUUUAUUUUUCAAUGAAAUUACGUUUAUAUCAUUAUCACAUAAAAUAUGAGCAUGUGACUUACACAGAAUAUCCCGAACCACUCGAUUGUUAUAUUAUAUUAAGUAUAUUCAAGUCUAUAUAAAUAUUGCAAUAGAAAAUACGUAGUAAACUUUUUUAAGUUCAUAAUAUAGGUACAGGAAAGUACAUGGAUGAACUGAGAAUUUUUGAUUAAGAGCUGCUAAACUUAAAAAUACAAAAGGUAGUUUUAAACAUUUAACUCAACCAAGUUAUAAUUUUCCUGAAAUUAUUCAACUUAACUUAAUCACUCAGAUUUAUUUACACUUUACAACUAACUUUAAGUUAGUUAUUUAUUAUAGUUAAUUUGUUUUGUGAUAACUUAAAUUAGUUAAAAAAAAUUGGUUAUUUUGUCUAGCUUUGGAAAUGUGUGGGUUCAGAAUCCAAACAAAGAUAACGAAAUGCACAGAGGGGUACAUUUCAAAAGCAAACAUUUCUGUUUUUUUCUAAAAUACUAUCAAACAAAAUAAUUAUAAGCCCAUAAGGUUAAUGUUUGUUGUUCUUUUUUUUUUUUUGUAAAAAGCUGCAGUAACCUUUUUUGUUCGACAGUAUUUUAGAAAAGCGGCGGUAUUGGCGUUUCUUUACUUAUUUUAAAAAAAAAAUUGUAUAUUAUAUCGAUAUUAAUACACGAUUACAAAAUUAUGGAAUUUUAAUAAUUCUGUUAGCUAAACGGUUUUGUUAUUUUUUUUUCUUUUUCUGUCGAAUAAAUUAUAUUAAAAUAUUUAACAUAUGACGCGUCGAUGUAAAUUAGUUUAAUGGGUAAUUUAUGAAUAAUUGAACCGAUAAUAAAAUGACAAUUUUCUACAUAAAGAAAUGCUUAUGUCGAUGAUGUUAAUAACCCGCAGCAAGACUACGGCAAUAAAAGAGAAAGCAAAAAAUCCAAAUAACAUCUUACGACCUUUUUCGCAAUUAUUUCGUUUUAAUUAUAUUUGUUGGUUAAUCCAUAUAAUUUCCGGAUUACGUUAAAACUGUAAACUGCAAUGUAUUGUAGGUACCUCUUAGAACUUGUUAAAAACGUCUGCUUGUGCAUAAUCUACUUACUUACACCUACGCACAUACAUAUAUUAUAACUUUUUGACACGUGUCAAGUAAAAGUACAGAUGCAUUUAUUUUUACUUUUCAGUGAAUAUAAUAAUUAUAAGUAUUUUAUAUAGGUACGUUCACGUGAUUUAAUGAUUGUUUCGUUAUCAUGUUAAUUGUUUUAAUUUUUUUUUUUUGAUAUCACUAUACUCGUAGGUACUAUAGUCAUUACGCAAUUAAAAUAAAAAUGGUAGCGUUAGAGAGUGACAAUCCGUCGGUUUUGAAUUCAAAGAAAAAUACACUUAUUUAAGAUUCAAAAGAUAUAAUUAUCGAGAGGAAGAGUGUAGAGAGAAAUAGAGAGAGAGAGAGAAAGAGGUGGCAUGGUAUGACGAAAUAAUACAGAUGACCGAUAAACUUAUAUACAUUUUAGCACUUAACCAGUUACAGAUUCGCGCAUAAAUAACUACCAGCAGUAAUUAUUAAAAAAUAAAAUAUACGCUCUAAGGACAUUGCAUACACGGGUUUCUAUAAUAUUCCUUCGUAUUUACUAUACCACGGUGGGCGCCAAUUGUGUUUUGUCCGAUAAAAUAUAUCAGGUGCAUAUUCCCAGAGUUGGGUAGGAUUUCUAAUCGCUGAAGUCCAAAAUGCGAUUUUUAAAAUCAAAUUUUAAGGUUUUUUUGAUUUUCUUUGUAGUUUUUUGAAUAACUAAGCAAAACCAAAAGAUACGUAAAAAAGUACGAGAAAAUUAACAAAAAUAAUUAUUUUGUUUCUUUUGUUGUAAUCGAUUAAAAAUAAUUUAAAACAUAUAUUUGCUUUUUUUUUAGACGUGGUAAAAUUGUCAAAACAUUUGAGCUAUUUUUGAGCUAUUUACAGAAAUUUAAUUUUUCAAGUUUUUUACGUAAUUUUUAUUUUGUUGAUACUCUGUAGAUAAAAUUUUAAACUGAACAAAAAUAUUUAAAAACUUGACAAAAGGUUCAUCAUAAGUAGUACUUGGUGGUCAAAAAUAAAAAUUGAGGGUAAUGUAGAAUUUUUAUUUUUAUAAGAGUUUUAAAAUCAAAUGUUGACGGAAAUCGUAAAUAUUACGGCCUUUCAAAACAUGUACAAUUGAACUUUGCUCUGAAUCGUUUUUCAUUCGCAAUGGUUUAUCGUUGGUUAUAGGUAUAAAUUAAAUAACUUUAAGUAUACCACCUUCCUAAUGACCUACCUACUAAAGUCACCGCAUCCGUAUCAGCUUUUUUAAAAAAAUGUUUACUAUUUAAAAAUCGAAAUUGGUAUAAUUUAUUAAUGGAACUUUGUGUCAUUUUACUUAAUUUGUUAAUUUUCCAAAUAUUCCGGAUAUUGUAUUUUGGAUUUUAAAAACCCAUUUAUAAGGAUUUUCUGUUAUCGCUGCGUAUACCUACGAAUUAUGAAGUUACCGUAGUAACAGAAAUAAUCGCAUACAUGGGUUUAAUGUUUGAUAUCUUUCCACGAGGGUAAUUAAACUCAUACAAUUGCAUUAUAAUAAUAAUAUUAAAAUAAUCGUUGUGUACAUGUAAAUACAAAGUAUCUUUCAUUUUCGGUCUUUGGCAUGAUAAUAGUUUCGGAAACACAACCGUAUUGGACACGCGCUUAUUGUAGAUUCGAAAAAUUUUUUUUUUUUAUUAGUUUAUUGAUAUUUGUUUAAAUCACUGUUGGUAACGAAUUCGUAUACUCUAUAAGCACCAAAAUAAAGUUCAAUUUUUUUCAGUAAUCUCUCGAAUUUUGUGCCACGAAAUAUACUCGUAUUUAACCAGAUGAACUUUUACUAAAACUAUAAGGCAACAAAAUUAAAAAUAAAUAAUAAUAUCAACGAUUUUGUUCUGGUAUCGACGUAAUCAAAUCAACAUGAAGUGAGUGAACUGGGGGAAUGAAACCGAUUUAAAGAAAACGAUAUGUCUACUGAAAUAUUAUAACUAAAACGGAAAUAAUAUAUCCCGCGACGUUCGAAUAUAAUAUACCUAGCGUAUUAUACUAUUUUUGUUUGAUGUAUUUUGUUUACUAGUCGCAAACGGAACAGGAGUUUGUUACACAGCAGUGAUACACAUUGCACGGUACCAUAAUUUUGCCCACGAGAGUUUGGAUCGAUUAAUAUUCUCCGAACCACGUAAAUUUUUUUUUUUGUUUAUUUAUAUUUUUAUUAUUAUUAUUAGAACCACGGUAAAGUGCAUUUUAGUAUACAGAACCACUUCCUUUGUAAUGAUGUUGCAGUUCGUAUACGUCGUUUAGCUUAAUAAAACUACAUGAUUAAUGGUGUUUAUUUUCCGUGUAGACUGACGUUCGGUCCCUUGUCACCACGCAAAAGAGAGCGUUUAGGUCGAAAACAUUAACUUUUGUUAACCUAACCUGUACGCAUCCGAUGUGCAGACAAUAAAUCGUUACACGAUUUUUUUUCCUCUCCUUUUCCCCCACGAUACACAGUGGAAAAAAACAAAAAUAAAAACGAUAAAUUAAUGAAGAUAAUCGUAUUAAUGCGAAAUAGAUACUUUUUUUUAGUUUUAUUACAAGCUUAAACAUUGAGAUGCAUUAUAAUUGUACUAUGACGAAUAUCUUUUUUUAGGAGGCAUUAUUUUUUUUUUCUCUCUGCAAUCAACUUUUUAAUAUGAAAUCUCGCGCUUCGAUCAUCAACUUUCAAGAGGUUAUUUCUAAUAACAAAUUUUUGUCUUUAAUAUUGAUACUUUGAUUUUUCUUGUACUUUUCUUAAUAACGAGAAGCGAGGUGUUAAACAAACACUUUAAUAAAAACAGUAUUAUUCAAACAAUAACGGUUUCAUGUAAAAAUAAUGCUAUUUGAAUAUUUUUAUUAUUUUAAUAGUGGACAUAAUUAUAUUAGUUUCAUAUCAAUGAUCACAAAUUAAAUACAAAGUUUAUCAAUCGUAUUGUGUUGUUCACGAGACUGUAUGAAAAAAAUAUUUUUCACAUAAAUUAUCUAAUAAAUCAAAAUGUCAGUAUAUAAUAAAAAUAAUGUUGUUUCUUUUACGUUGGAUUUUGUGUACAUAUUAUUUAGGAAAGGUAUUUAUUUCUAUGUACCGAGCAUUACUAUUAGUUUUUCUAUUGUUUUUUUUUUUACAUUUUGUGUAUAUAAAAAAAAAAAAGACAACUUUCAGAAUACCAUAUUUUUCUACACACACCAACAACUACCUCCUCCUACGUACCAAUACAUGAUUUUCGAAAACAAGAAUUCCAAAACAAGGAAAUUAACUAUAAAAAAAACCAUUAGUAAAAAUACUCAUAAACAAAAAUACCUAUACAUUAUGAAAAAUCGAGAAUAAAUCAUAUUUUUUAACCUUUAAAUGAGUGUUAUCAUCCCGGAAAAUUUUUGAGAGAGGAAAUAAUUAUUAGUUAGAGUUACUUAAAAAAAAAGUAAUAUAGGAUUAUUCAAAUCUAUAAAUUAUUAAUAAAAAUACUUUUACCUUCUUAAUGUCUCCCUCUUUAGAAAGUCACAUCUAAUAACGAUCUCGGCAUCAUCUUUAACUAAACGCAUAGUUUUAAGCUUUAUAUCGAAGCCACAUGGAGCCUUAAAAAUUUUUAACUUUACUAAGCACAACACCAAACUUUUCUCCUCGCCCAGCUGUCUCCGGUCCCUAUACACUUCUUUGGUCCGUUUUUUGCUAGAAUAUAACAUAUCUGUCAGGUAUACAUUAUUCGCUAAGGAACAACUAUGUCUUGAACUUGUAUAAAACAAAUAUUUAGCCCACACCGCUUAUGUUCCCCAAGAUUCCUUACACAUGAAUAACUAUACUCCCAUUUACGUAAUACUUUAAACAUCCCUACAUAUUUCUCCCUCUGCCUUAAAGCGGAUCAAGAUUUCAUUUCUGCCGUCUUUAAUAGGUCUCGGCAUGCGUCUGAUUUUCUUGAGAUGAUUUCCUUUAGUGUUCCCUUCUACAAUACCUGUAAUCCCUAUCUCUUCGUUAUCCUAACUCACUGUACUUCCCAUGGUCAUAACCAUCCUAUAAUUUAUAAUUUUUAAAAUAAUUAAAUAACUAAUAUUUCUAUCUAAGAAAGUGUAAUUUCUGAUAUACAUUUUGAAAAUAUACUUAAAACGUGUAUUUGGGUACUCUGAACUGUAUUAACUCUCCCCACCUGCAAUCAAUUUCCAUCCGGUUAAAAUAUUUAGCGUUACCAUUUGAGUGAAACAAAACCAUUGAAUGUUAUAAGAGAAUAUAUAAUUUUAGUAAUUAUAGUAAUUUUUUAGACAUCUGCUAUAAAAGUAUGUUAUUACAUUUCUUUAAUUUCUAAAUUAAAAAGAUUGAUUGCUUAUUUUGAUGACGGUUAAACAAUAUAAGCUAUCCUAAAUAAUAUAGGCAUGUGAUAGGGAAGAGCACACAAAGCGAAAUGUUUUACUUUAGUCGCGUUUUUCGGAUUAGGCAAAACAAAACAAAAAAACAAUAGGCAAUGAAAAAAUGACAGAGGGAUUGAAUAAAAAAAAAAUGUCUUUUUUUUACGGGAAACGCGGUAAACUGCAGAAUAGCCCGGUAGGUAAGUACAAACACAAUAGUAUAUUAUAAUAUUAUAAUAUGCAAUUAUUAGGGAAAAACUAAAAAGACCAUUUGCAUGACAAUGCACAGACGAUAAAAAAAUAUAUUAUAUAUUUUCAUAUACGUAAUUUCAAAAACGAUCAACGUGCGUGUUUAAUUAUGAAAUAAUGGUUUUUCUAAAAAAAUAUAUAUAUAUAUAUGACAUUUUUUUUUUUUUAAUUAACGAAUUAUUACUCUGGUGGUGUACGAUAUUAAUAAUACAUGCGAUUUUAAUUAAAACAAAAAAAAAAAAGGAAUUAAUAGCAUUUUGAUCUUCAAAACUUUAAGUUGAUUAUAUUAUAUUCGUUUUGUUAAUUAAAAAUAUAUAUUUAUCAACUUUUGAAAAUUAAUAAGUAUUGUAAAUCAAUAUCAAUCGCAAAAUGUUAUUAGUGUCUCGAAUUAUGUUUUUUUUUUUUUGUUCUAGUCUGUGGACACGUUUUUUCCUAAUUUUGAUUUACUUUCUUACGGUAUCAUUGCCAAAACUUUUGAGCUACUUUUAAGCUUUUAAGAUAUUUUAGUUUUUUACUGUAAUUCGGUUAUAAAUACACGUAGAGACUUGAACUUUGGUAAUAAUACUUAUGUUAGACUUACCUAGACGUGGUAAAAUUUACAAAAUUACCGGACAACUUUUUUUUUUUUUUAAAUAUUAGUUUUGAAAUCUAAUUUAAACAAAAAUCACAAAAAAAAAUUACGGCACUUCAAAUUAUGAUAUACUGAACUGCACACGGAAUCGUCCUUCGCCAAGCAAUGGUUUAUCGUAGAUAAAUCAUAGAUAUGAAUAAAAUAACCUUAUGUAUCCUAACUUCCCAACUUCUCACCUAUAACAGUGGUUACUCCCAUCCCCAGUAACACAGUUUUUUUUUUUGUUAUAAGAGAAUAUUAUUAAUUUAUAUUACUUUUUCCGUUAUAAUAAAGGAACGUGGCAAAAUUUCAUAUUAUUAUCUAAUUCGACGUACUACUAUUAUAAUAAUAGUAAUAAUAACAUUUACAAUAUUUUUAGUCAUUAAUAUUUUGUACACAGUUUGAGCAAUAGGUUGAAGAGGGUUUUUUUUAACAAUAUUCUAAUUAAUUGUUUGCGUGUACACCCGUAUUAUUAAAUUCUAAGCUGCAGAUGGCAAAAACUAAGUUUAUUAUCCUGAGAAAGUUUAAAUAAAUGUUUAGAAUUUUUUUUUAUGUAUGUAAUUUUGUCUUAUAUAUUUUAUUCCACCUUUAUUUGUUAGUCUAAAAGUGAAAUAUGUGUAUGCAUAUUCUAACAAAUCUUACAUUGAAAAUAAAAAUAUCAUAAAUCUUAAAUUUUAUGAUAUACUUUUUGUAUGAUGAAAAGGUAUAAAAGUCAUAUUAAAUUAUAUGACCAGAUCCAGUUAAAUUAAUUAGGACGAUCAUUUAAGAUAUGGAAUUUUUAAAAUGUAAUUUACUUGUAUUUAGAAUUAUACAAAAUUGACUCAGGGUCUUCUGUCUUGUGUAUUUACAAUAACGUACGAUUAUAUUUCCCGCUCUAAUUAAAAAAAAAAUAAACGAACUAUUAUUGCAUUAUAUUGAUCGACAGGGAUUAUUAUUUUUAUCAAAUAAAAAGGCCUCGAACUACUUAUACUGUAAGUAGUAUACUAUACUAUAUCUAUCCUCUGUAGUGGUGUCUUGAAACCCGAGAGUCAAAAAUGUUUACCGUUAUUUUUUCAAUGAUUUUCUUACUUUUCUAUUGCUAUACAGUAGCGGGCUCAAGGGGGGCGAUAUUUGUAGUUGUAAUAAUAUGAAAAAAUAAUAUUUAUAAAUCGUCCUUCAAAUUUCGGUUUACCAAUUAUUAUGAUAGUCGAUGAUGUUGAUACUUGAUUGUUAUCCUAUCUGUAUUUACAGAUAGGAUACAAUAUUUACUGUUCAUUGUUCAAUAACUUUUACCUAUAAUUUUACUACAUAGAAUAAAAUAUUGGAAAAUAUAAAUGCAUAUUUUAGUAUACUGAGUAGUCUAGUCGUAUGUUGAAACAUAUAAAAACUUACUUAAGGAGUAUAAUGGAGGAAAAUCGUUUAAAUGGAUUGGCAUUGCUUAAUAUUCACAAAGAAAUUAAUAUAAUAUCAGAGGGUGUUUUAGAUCUCUUUUCAAAAACAACAACCUAGGCGUUUUCAGUUUUUCCUACAAUAAUAUAUAAACUAAAAAGUCAAUGAAUACAUUUCAAGUUAUUUUUCUUUAUUUUUGAAUAUUUCAAUUGUUUCAAACUUUUUUUAUAAAUUAAAGUACACUAAAUUUGUCAUAAUAGAAAUAUUUGAGUUAUACUUUAUUUGAAGGACUAAUAAAAAAUCCUAAAUAUUAUGUUUACAAAUUAAUAUUAAAAAUGUUGUCCCCCCUCCAAUUAAAAAUAAAUCGUAGUGGAGUAUCAUUCAAAUUCCACGUGUAGUGCUACCACACAAAUAAUACUCUAUUACUAUCGCCCGAUCCGAAAUUAAAAGUGGAAUAUCUCGUCAAUAGAUUGGUAGAAAUGAAAAAUUUCAACACCCAAAUUUAUUUAAACUAAUUUACUCCGUCUACCUAUGGAAUUUGUAAUAUAGGUUGCCACCAUUUUAAAAUCAAAAGUAAAUAGUGGUUUUACCUCCGAAAAUAAAAGAAUCAAAAAAUAAUACAAAUGUAAAAUUGGAAAACUGCGUGUUUCUUAAAAAUGUUCAAUAAAAGAAAUUCCGAACAAAUUUAAUACUUUCUGAUAUACUGAGUGUAGUCACAUAAACGUACAUUGAACCUUAUUUAAUGACGAUUUUAAAUGACAGUAUUAUAACAAAAUUAUUUUUAAAAUACUAUUUUGUAAUUCAUAAUAGUUUGAUAAGCAGUCGAGAUACAAUCGAUAUAUUUUAAGCUCUAUUAUAAUACGUUUCACGAAAUUACCAAUGAAACCGCCGCGCGCAGUAUUAGCGGAUAAUAUUUCGCGUGACUAUUUCGCUGAUUAAAUUGUAUUCACGGACAAUGGUUUCUGAACUGUGUCCCUACGAAAAAAAAAAAAAAAACAAAACCCUGUUUUGCAAGCCUCGGGAAAAUGUUUGGAGCACAUACAUACACGAUAUUCUACACAUAUGUCGGAUUGUAAUCGAAUGCCCGCGGCAAUGAAAAUUAAUAAUAAAAGUCCCGUAGAGCGGAGUGUGGUGUAUAUACACAUACCUAUUUAUUAUAAUGGUCGCCCGGAAAUCGUUUAAUCCCGACGGGACAGCGGGUCCGGGGGGCAACGAAGUGACGCGGAGGGCCGUGCGGGUCGUAAGGCCUCUCCAAACCCCGGUAGCUAGACGUUUUCAAUAUUCAGAGGGCGUGUGUACAGUGUACACCGCACGGAUGCGGUCGCGAUGACGGGGUGCAGGCGGGUGGGCGCGAACGGCAGAAUACUAUUAUUAAUAUCGGUCCGUUUACUAUUAUUAUUAUUAUUAUUAUUAUUAUUAUUAUUAUUAUAAUUAUUAUUUUGCAGGCAAUCGUCGGGAAAAGUCAACGAAAAAGUCUUCGUCGGGCGGCGGCGGAAAGGCGGCUGCAGCUGCUGCGGUGGCGUCGGUUUCCCACGCACCGCCGUCGCCGACGCAACAGUACAACGUCGCCGGACACCACAGGGCCGCCGGAAACGCGGAAGCUGCGGGUCCGAGGUCCCGGAAACAAGGUUGGUUAAUUCGUAUUUUAUUAUGGUAAGCGUGUUUUUACCAGGGGGGGAGUGGUGGACAGUGAUGUUUCAUGGCCGGGAAAUUUACCCGGGCGCGGGACAUCACAGAAACGUAUCGGUACGAUACGGCGGCGUGUGCUACGAAUAAACUGUGUACGCGUGUCAGCUGUUAUAAUAUGUCAGGAAGGAGGCUAGGGGGUCAGAAGAGUAAGAGAACGAGAGGUUUCGUUUGCCCGGCCACGGUCUUCGAUUUUCAUAAAAGCUGCGACGGACAAAAGCUGCUUUUGUGAAUUUCGUAUGCUAUUCGUAUACAAUCCCCGUUGACGUGUUGCGGACACAACGGAAAUAAAACGCUAACGGAUUACGUGUUGGUCCGAACGUUUCUGGUUUUUAUUUUUCGUAUAGUUUUCCGGUCGCUUUUUUUAUGAUUCUUAUUUUCGACCUAAAUGGAGUUUCGCUUGUAUACGGAACAUCUGUGGGAUUCGACAGUUUUCCAUACAAUUACACAGUUAGGGAAUAUUGUAAAAAUAUCUUGCGGACACACCUUGUGUAUAUCAUUGUAUACGCAGUAUUUAGUAAGUAGCUCUACACAACAGUAUAUUAUCACAAUAAUUGUUGUGUAAAAUCAUUUUAAUUAUUACUGGUUAUCAUUACAACUCUACUUCUCUUGACUGCCUAAUAAAAGGUCUAUGAAUAAAACCAAGAAAAUUAACGAAUUAUAUAACUACGGCCUACCGCUUAUAAUUUUAUAUCGUUGAAAACGAUAUUUUUUGCGUGGUAAAUGCAAAUAAAAUAUUAUCUCCUUUCAUUCUGUUUUAACUUAACACCGUCAUUUCGCUCAGCUUAUUCAGAAUCUGUUGUUUUUUCUUUGUAAUGGCACCUCAUCAUCUUGUAUUACGAAAUUGGUUCGAUAAAAAAUGAAAAUUGUUUAGUGCAUGUACUAUAAUUUGAUUUGUGUGAUUUGUCUAAUGUCUAUUCGUAAACUCGCUAAACAAUUUGCAAUCAAGAUUUAACUAUAAAUACUCUAAAAGCUUUAUACAGUGGACACUUUUGAUGGUCCUGUGGGCUGUGAGUAUCUUAUUGAUAGAUUUCACUGUACAUGCAAACCUCCCACAUCAGUCAGUGCAUAAGUAUUAUAUAGAUACGUUUUUUUUUUUCUGAACAAUUCGAAUACUAUGUAAUUACUUUUCGAUAGAUAUCAAUAAUUUUUCCAAAAAAAUAUCAGAGCCGAAUAAGAACAUGAGUAUACGUUAAUAAAAUAUGUGAGUUUUUUAAAAAAAAAAAAGCAAAAUAAAAGAUUUACAUUUCGAAUAAUUACAUUUUUAUAUAUUAUUAUAUUAUCUACCAGUCUAUAGAGAUAAAUUUAGGGAAGGGCUAUAGGUUAUUAGCUCCAGUAAACGUAUUUCUAACCCCUCCCGCAUCUUUCCGCAGGGCCACGUGAAAAGACAUGUAGGUAUUUGAUACUUAUUUUUUUUUAGCAAUCAUAUUUUCCGUGUAGAUAAAUCGUUGAUAGUUAUAUUAUUUAAAAAGGGUACACUAGAUAAAAAUAUACUCCCCCGCCAAUAAUUUUUACGUCAAUAUUGUAUUGUAAGGGAGACAGAAGCUCGAGUUUUAGGAUUGCUAAAAAAUUCCUAAACGAAUCGUAUUUUGAAUUAUGAUUUAUUUUUCCAUCGGAAUGAUUACUGCAUGAAACGAAUUUAUGUAUAUCAAAAUUAUAUUUACAUCGAAAAUCGAAGCAAAAUGAAACAUUUGCUACAAAAUCCUACUCUCUUAAUUAUAAUUAAUAGUUGUUACUAUUAUAUGAAACAAAGUUUCACUGUCUACUAUUUGAAAUGGUUGAAAUCGAUUUACCCGUCAUCAUACUAUUGUGAAUCAUUAACAAUAGUCUUGUACAUGUACAACUGAGUGCUAUACCGUAACAAGUUUCACGAAUUCAAAAUCAUAAACGCGCACUUGUAGUCUUUAAUAAUUAUUAUAAGUAGGUAGGUAUUAUUAUUACACGAGUAUAUCGAUGUAUUGCUACGACAAAGCGAACCCAGAUAACAAUAUAAAAUUAUAUAGAAUAAUGACCUAUACGUGGGGGGGGGGGGGAGUUGAACCCAUGACUCAAGUGAUGGAAACAAAUUUAAUAAUUAUAAUUUAAACUCUUUGUCGUUAUACUACGUAAUUAUGAAUAAAUUCCCUCCCUCCCCGCCUAUAAAAUAAUCCUGAAGACGUGAGAUGGCACAUGCGAGCAGGGGCAUCAUUUAAGUGAUUCAAACUAUAAUUUGCUCUAUAAAUGUGUUUUUGGCCACACAUAAAAUAUUAUUUAAUUUUACUAUCGUCGAUUAAAUGUAUAAAUAAAUCCAAAACAGAAAUAUUUCUUUAUAGUAUUUGAAUAUUAAAAUAUAAAGUGGAAAUAUGAACUAUCGAAGCAAUCAAACAUAUUUUUUCUUUUCGGUAAAAUAAAUUAAAUAUAUAAAUGGCCCGAGGGAGAAAAAAUUUGGCCCGAUUCAAAUGUUUGCAUCCCCAUUGAAAAACUGAAAUGGCGGCCCUGAUGGGAGUAAUAGGUCCUUUUAAUAAGCAUCUAAAUAGAUGUUAUUUAUAUCGUGUAUUCCCACUUCGUUGAUUCCUAUUUUGCUGAUAAAACAUUUUACCGACAUCCCACUUUAUGGACUCCUAUUUUUUCGUAACUUACAGGUGCCAUUUGUUGCUUGCAGGUAUAUACGGUUCUCGUGACCCCCAUUCCUUUUAGUUGAACCUUUAAGUUUUAUUUAUUUAUCGACAAUAAUUAUAACACACAAACUAAACUAAAUUUUCUUUCAGAAAAAAUGCAAUUCUCAAAAUUUGAAGCAAUAUUUUUAAAUGAAAAGAAAUUUUGAAAAAAUAAUGACAUUUUUAACACCAUAACUUUGAUCUGUUUUAUAGUUUACGAAUUUUCACAGUUUUUCCCAACUAUCAUGAAAACCCCUUGAAAAAUAAAAUUACCUUCUUAAUGUACCAAAUUAGAGAAGAAAAAGUAUCUUGUUAUUUUUCAGAAUGAAUUUUAAACGGUUUUUUUGAAAUAUAAAUCAUUCUUUAAAGCUGCCUCUUUAAUUAAUUUAUACAUUAUUGCACAUUAAGUAUAAGUACUUUUAUUUGGUAAAAAUGCAUAAAUUUAAAAUGGAUAAAUAAUAAAAAUGUUAAAAUUAAAAUAUAAUUGAAAUAUGUAUAUUUCUAUUAAAAUAAAUGUACAUAAAAUAUCUAUUCUUGAAAAACACUGAAUGAUUUAAACAUUAAACUAUUGACAUUUUUUAUUAUAAUAAUAAUUUAACCGAUUUAUGUGUCAAGAAAUGGGAUGUCAGUGAAGUGGGAAUUUUUAAUUUUAUUUCUAAUAAAACCGGUUUUGUUGGCAAAAUAGAAAUCGGCGAUUUGGAAAUAAACCAUUUAUAUUGAUGAAUUAUGAUAUUUAAUACAAAACGUUUAUAUUUCUAUACUAUAUUUUUUUAUUAUUACAUUUUAUUUUGUUAUUUUAAUCUUUAAAAUAGUUCAAAAUAGCAAAAAUUAAAAAAUUGAAAGAAUCAAGAUAUCAAGAUACUUUUAUUAUUAUUAUUUUCUUGUCCAACCCUGCUUACAAUAAACAAUGAAUAUUGUUUCAAUAUAUAUAUAUUAUAUUUGGCCCACAAACAAAGAAUAUUAACUUUUAAUUAUAUGUUAACCAAAUGUAGGAAACUCACUUUUAACAUGAAUAUACUCGAAACGAGAAUAUUCGUCUACAAUUGUAACACUUUAUAGGUAGCUACAACAUGACAAAUAACAUAUCCUAUACUUAAGAGUAUACUAUUAAAUAUAUAAGGUAAAAUUUCAAUAAAUAAAAACAACUUUUUAUUGUAAAUAUUUAAAGUUUGUUAAACGAUUCUCUAAUACUUUAAGGUAUGAAAACAAAAAAAAAACCUGCAAAAUCAAAUUCACUCAAACUUUUCUUAUUAAUAGAUGAUAGAAUAUUAUUAUAAUACACACACAUCGAGCUGUCUAGCACAAUAAUAUUUUCUUUUUUCCGUACGGCAGUCGAAAUACAUGAAUGUCUUCAUAUCCGCUGUAUAACAUAUAACACGGCGAUAUUUCCAUUGGGACAACACAUUGAACACGCCGCGCACGUUGUAUUCAUUAACGAAACAAAAUGUGCAGCAGGUACGACACAAGAAAAGCCUUAUGUCACCUAUACGUAAUAUUAUAUGCGACUAAAAUUCAUUUUUAUUUUUAAAAAUCAUGGAAGUUAGAGAAGUUUAAUAAAUAAAUUCUCUCGCAGUGGCGUACAAAAGGAGCCGCAUCUAUUAUGACUUAAAUAAUUGAAAAUACAAAUACUACUCAAACAUUAAUCACACAUUCAUUUAAACUGAUAAGAUGUACCCAUUGACAAGCUCAUAGCCACGGGGGAGAUCUUCGCAUCUAGAUGUCCCCUCAAAAAAAUAAAAUUUGACUCCUAUAUAAUAGAAAUAUUUUGUUAGUUUAUAAUUUAGAAGGAUGCUUCCCACAUAUGAUAUCCAUACUACGAUGCCCAUUAAAUAUUAUAUUAUUUGAAACAAACUCGAGUACCUUAUGACAAUUGAUAUUUAUUAUUUUUUUUAGAUUUUGAGUGGAACGAGGAAAUGUAUUGGUUUUACAGUGAUGUUUAUUAUUUUUAUUUUUUAUGUAAACAUUUUCUACCAGAAAACAUAUUCUGAUUAUUAAGUAUAGCACCUUUUCUGAAAAUAAAUUUUCUCUGGGUAAUACUUUAAAAAUGUCAUUUUUUGAGAUUCUCAUUAAUAUUCGAAAUAAUGAGGAAAACCUUAUCUUUAAGUGAAAAAAAGAUUUAAAGAUUAAAAAUAAGGUUGUUAUUGGAAACUGUUUUUAUUUAUUUUUUGUUAUUUUUAAGGUUUUUAUUAUUUUAAUAUUUUUUAAACAAUCAUUUUUCAUGAAAACGCACAUUUUUUUUAACUAUUUUAAUAUGACAUAAUACCAUAUAUUGUAUUGUUGACAAAACAUCAUUAUCAACUGAACUCGGCUAAAAAUCGUUUUUCGUUAGCAACUGUUUAUCGUUGCUUACAGAUAUACAUUAAAUUCUCGUCUGUAACCCAUCUUCCCAACUUUCCAUCUAUAACAGUGGCUGCACCUACGUACAAGUAUGUCCGUCCUUUUUUUUUUUUAUCGCUAUAACUGUGAGUUCUUCAACCCGUGUCAUAGUUUCUAUCACAUUGAUCCAGAUUUAAAUAACAUACUUAAAAAUAAUAAAUAUAUGAAAUCAAUUCACACUUUCUCUCUAUUGUAAGUGACUUACGAUUCGUACCAUAUAGGAAAUAUUAUAGUUUAUAUAUACGGUUAUUAUAUCGAAGUGCACGGUAAAAAGAACAAUUUUACUCCAUGGUUAGACCUAAACGACCGUCACGUACACGCUUAAAAAAAAAAACAUUUUAAAUUAAACGCAACAAAAAAUAUUGUUUUGUAAAAAUGACGUCGUGGAUGUAAGGAAAUUGAAAACAAUUUCUAUUGAAAAACGGUCGUUGAAAAUAGUGAAAAAAAAUCCGAUACCGCAAAAAGUUGUAAAACUCGAUUUAGCUUUUAUGAUGUUAUAAUAUAAUAAUAAAUUUAUAAUAAACCAUUUAUCUUAUUGCCGAUCAAUACAUAUAUUAUAUAAUUUAUAAUAACUAAAUCGUUGAGAAAUUCGUGAAUAAAAAUAAAACUGGACCUGCUUCGCACAAUAGGUACUCUAUUAGCCUAAUUACUCCCCCUUUGGUACCAGUAUUUACGACGGUCCCAUCACAACCAAUCACCAACAAUUAUGAAGUACCUAAUACAUUCGUUUUGAAAUAACUUAUUAUACUAUUUUUAAUCCUUACAGCAGUUCCAUUUUUAUAGGUAGUAUGUUCCAUAAACUGAGACCCUUUCUCUUCAAUGAGUGUAAUGUGUUCUUUAGUUAAAAUUAUCACGAUAAUAUUUGUCAUCUUUUUUUUGAUUCAUAAUUGUGUGGUCUUUACGUCCAUCAUAAUAUAAACUUUUUGGUUGCCUAUCAGUUUGUAUUUUAAGAUCUUGACGUUUCUUAUAUCUCUCUCUCCUAAUUUUAAUUAUGUCAAUCACUUGUUAUAUAUCAUUAAUUGUAAUUAUUCUAAUAUCUUGUAGUAUCACACUAGCAUUAGUACCGGCAGAUCGAUCAGAUAUUCGCAUCAUAUGCUAAUACUAAAGCUGGUAACUUUAUCCUCAUUUGUGGCUGUUUAUUAGCACUAUACGUUGAGGGCACUGCAUUUGACACAUAAUUAGAAUCUUCGUCAGUGUCAGUAUAUAUUUCAUCCGUUUCCAUUGUUUUCAAAGUGUUAUUACACUCGAUCUUUUUUAUUUUAUUUAUCAAUUCAAUUCGAUUUUUGGUUAAUAUUAUAAGAGAAAUAAAUUGAAAAUUACAAUUGCAUAAGUAACACUAAAUUAGCAAUAUAGAACAUUUACAUCUACACUAGAUGAAAAAUACCACGUACUAAUUGUAGAUUAAAUGAUAAUAAUGCUGAUGGCCUUAUUUAAUCUAUUAAAUAUAGUUCAUACAGAUAAUCAACUAUGAUCAAAAUACAUUUAGUGGAAUGUAAUGGUAAUAUUAAUAAUGAAAUUAGGGUUUUUCGUUAACAAUGUCUUUAAUUAGAUAUUAAAUGUUCGGCGUAAGUUUUCCUUGCUAUUAAAAAUUUAAAUUAUAAAAUUAAAUUUUUCGUUCCCCCUAAUAGAUAGGCCGCUGCUGGAGAUGGGAAUUUUGGAAGGUACUGGAUAUGUAGAGUAAUUUAGCGUUUAUAUUUUGAAAAUCAAAGUAAAUAAUUUAUAUCAAAGAAACUAAGCUGAGCGAAGUUAUUCUUAUAGUAUAUUAGUAUCGUGUUUUCCCCUUGUAACCAAGAAAAUCAAAAAAUCAAUACAAUUGAAAACAAUUAAUCGUUAUUUGUUUUCAGUUUUUUUUUAAUAAUUUGUUAAAAGAAACUGUUGAGAGUUUAAAAAAAUUGUUCAAGUUUAGAUAAAACUACAGGGAAGGCGUCCGCAUUUUUGAAAACCCCACGAAACACAUUUAUAUACAUAUUUUAUACUCCAAUUUUAUAAUAGUGAAAUCACUUCGCAAUCUCAAUCAAUAGUUUAAAAAAAAGUCUGAAUCCCUAAAGGAUAAGAAUCUUUGCUUAUGUUACGUGAACAAAUCAGAGAAUUUUCACCAACCAAAAAAGUGUUUCCGAAAAAAAAAACAUCUUAUUGAAAUUAAUAACCAAUUCGUUACUCUCAGAAUCUAAAAACCAAAAAUAAUUUCAUUAUUGCAUGCUUUUAGAACUCGAUUUAAUUAUGUUUUUAGUUUGAAUUAUCAUGUCAUAUACUGUUCCAAUUAUUAUAAUCGCAAUAAGGAUUGUAAGUUAAAUAAAUAACACAAGAAACGAUACAUGAACGACUUAAUGUAAUUUCGUAAAUUUUAGUAAGUAAGUACCUAUAUAGUGAGAAUGUGUAAGUAAAGACAAAACUACAUCUGUGAUAUUACAUUUGUAUAUUAUGUGGGCACAUAAUAUAUACAAGAUUUUUUUGUGAGUGUGUAAGUGUAUUUGAUAAAUCGCAAAAUUAUAAUAAGUAUAAAGUUCGGUAAAACUCACUCGGAAGAGUUAUUUUUUUUUUCUAAGAGGUUUAAUUAAACCUGGUGAAGUGACAAGUUUCAAGUCUUUAAUUAUGCGUGCCCGUACCACUGCAAAAUAUCUGUUCAUAAAUUAUGAUUAGAUAUAAAUCGUUUAUAUAAAUAUUAUUAUCAUAUUUUUCUUGUAUGAAACUGAAAUUGUGUCGGGACUUUCUGCUUCGUCAAUCGGUUUUUUAUGGAAGAUUUAAGGUGACCGGAUGAGAUUUACGCGGGACGGAUUUCGUGUGGGGAAAAAUGCUCGUCUUAAAGAUCGAUUUCGUCGAGGGACAUGAAAUAAUUUUUUAGACCUCGUUUACUAUACAUCAUAUUAUACGUAUAUCUACUGUUCUAUUAGGUAUUGGCAUUCCGAGUCGAGAUAAGGAAACAGGAAACAUAAUUCGGAUUUGGAAUAUUUUUUUUUCGAGAGGCUGCAACGUCCGAGGUAAAAUACAUUUAGAGAAAACGACCGAAAGUCGAAACCUGAGAAACGUUUGUGCAAUAUACCAACUGGCACAAUACUACGCCGCCUUAGUGGUAAUCUCAUGCUCAAACGACGAUAUAAUAAAACCCACAAAUCCGACGAAACCUCGUUUCUAGUCUAAUAUGCUAAUCUAACACGAUCGCCGUUUUAUACAUCACCACUAGGGUUAAAGAAAAAAUAAUAAUUUUCCCCAAGUGUUUGCACCGAUAUACGAAAAACUCGAAAUAAAAUAAUAACUGAGCGAAGUUCGGUUGAACAUUUCUUUUUUGGUAAUUUUUUUUAUAUUUAUUGUAACUACAAAAUAAUGUUGUAUUUCUAACGAAAUAUUUGAACUUAAAACGCUGAUAAUAUUAUAUCACAUCACUUUUUGUUCAUAGAAAAAUCAAAAUAGAAAACGUAUUAAUUUCAAAAUAUUCGAUAAACUAUUGCUAACGAAAAAUGACAGCGAAGUUUGUUUACACGUGAUUUGUAAGAUCAUAAUAUUUACGAUUUUCUUGAUUACUUGAUCUUAAAACAAUCAUAAAAAAAUAUUACUACAUUACACCAUACUUUUUUUUAUUGACCGCUUAUUACAACUUAUAUCGAAUUUUCUAUUAAAUUUGCAUGCAUUUUUGGUAGGUUAAACAAUCAUAUCCACAUAGUACCUACUAAAUAAAAAUUAUGUACAAAAUACGCAAACAUAAAAUGCAUAAAAUAGCACACAAAUCAUCAAAACGUUUUGAUAAAUUUGAUCAUUUCUAGAAAAGGCAAAUUUUAGUUUACGGUCAAAAUGUCAAGUUUUUAAGAAUAUUUUUAACUGACUAACAAAAAAAAAAACCUAAAAUAAUAAAACCAUUUUCGCAUAAACUUUAGCGUUUUUUUCGGUUUUGCUAAAUUAUUAAAAAACUACAAAAAAAAUCACUAAACGAAUUUCUAAAUUACCAAUUAAAAUAAUAACAAGUAAAGUAUCAUUACUUUUGUAAUGGAGAAAUAUUUCUAGUAGAAAAUAUAAUUCGUAAAAAUUUGAAAUAAUGAAAUAGUUUGCCGUAAAUCUAUUUGUUUUCAUUUUUCGUCUUCCCAUAUCACCGACUAGAUGAAUAACUAUAUUUUCAGAAAAGUUGCUACACUUAACAUCGAAACAAGUUUUUUUUUUCUACAAGUUGAUCACAGACACAAACAAUUUAAAAACUCACAUCGUGGUAAAUCAAUAGACCCCUCGCUAUCCUCCGAAUCUAAAGUAUACAUAAUAUAUGUAUAAAAUAAACUAUAGAAAUCGUUGUUAAUUUUUCCUGGUUUUCCUUUGUAAUUAAAAAAAUCAAAAAAAGAUUUCUUUAAUUGUCUUGACCGAAUUUUUCCGAAAAUUUCCUCUGAAAUUGAUGGAUCAGAAUAAGAUUUUAAGACAGGAAUAAAAAAAAGAACUCUUAUCGUACAGUUACGAGGCAAAUUAUCCAAUAAACAUUAAAAACAAUCGAUUUCCUCUAUUUAAGGUAAGUGCAACUACUUUAUGCACAAUUGGGUAAUGGCGGACUCAUCCCUUUACAAUUGUAGUCAAUUUCAAUCAGUCAAAUUAUUGAGGAGUGCACAGAAACAAUAUUCAACGGAAGAAUUGCAUGCUUUUAACAUAAGGGUAACCAGGAAGCGCUAAUAAUUUAUCACAUAACUUUACUUACCAUUCGCUUAUAAUUCUUAGUUCUCAAUAUGGUAUUAACUAUGUAGAUUUUUUUAAUUUCUACUUAUUUUUAUUUAUUUAUUUAUUUAUUAUUUAUUUCUAUAUUUCUUUCUUUGAAUACCAAUGCUAAACCAUAUGAAAUUAAAAAAAUAAUUUCAAAAAAUAAUCAUAAAAAAAUAUUACUACAUAAUAAUAUUAACUAAAUCCAAGUCAGAUGAUUCCACGCGAUCGUCUUUAAAACGAUGUAAUUGAAUUUGGUAGCUUUCGCGGACAAAGAGAAAUACUUCAAACGAAUUUUUUUCGGUGAUUCGUAAAUCGUCGUUAAUUUUAUAUUUUACCUAGUGUACACCUUAGAGACUAUUAUCUCUCCCUAAAAUAACUUCGACGUAAAAAGAAGCUAAUAAUUAUAAUGUUCCAUUGACGACCAGAAAAUUUAAAAUCGUAUCUUUUUUAAAUAUUUUUGUAAUAGUUAAUAUUCCAAAACAAACCCUACGAUUCGGUUAUUUUCAAAAUGUUGUCAUCUAAAAAUUUUAUAAUAGCGUGUUUUAUAACCGAUAUUACAUUAAUAAAGGCCUUUAUCAUUUUGUUUAAACCACAUUUUUGCUACUUAUAUAACAUACACGUAUUGCCCAUAAGAAACACAGAGACCGUCUCUAUAUAGAAAAGAGAACGGGAUUCGAGACUUACUGAAAUUGUUUACACCAUUUAUUGUCGACUUUUUAAAUAAAAUAUAAUUUACAUCGUGUUUAAUACGAACCGAAAAUAAAAAAAAUAUCGUUUGUUCGACAGGUGGCGGAAGUAGGCCUGUGUACCGAUUGCCCCCCGAGGCCAAGAACGUCCUGUGUGAGUGUGCCGAAUACCAACUGGCCAAUUCGCCGACACAUGACCACGUGGCCGCGCACAUCCUCCGGCAACUGGGCGACCGUCCCGAUUUGCCGGUAGCCGUCAAAUUAGACGACGACUACUCAUACGACGACGACAACGGCGAAGACUGUUACCAAUGGUCAGUAUAUAAUAUAAUAACAAAAUACCAACUUAGAUAUCAUAACUAGUUAAGAUUUCGAACCGCUGGAUUUGCAAAAUGCUUCGAAAAUGAUUUUGGAAAAAUAUAUAUAUUAUAAACAAUUAUUGUCUGUGUCAAAAAUAGUCUUAAUAUAACUAUUGCAUUUGACAUCUCUCAGUUUUGUCGUUCGGACUUUUUUUCUCUUAUUUAAAAUUCUGAGUGUAUCGAUAAAGCUAUUGUAGUCUUACUAAAAAGGGCAUUCCCAGAAAAAAUUCCCCAAUUUUUUAACACAGUACAUUAAAAUGUACGGGCUUUCCGCACGCCGAUAUUUUACUUGAACAAUAUUAUUUGUCAAUACAAAUUCUAGGCAGUUUUUCUUAAAAAUUAAAAAAAAAAUCGAGAACAAAUAACGAACACAUCAUGGGUAUCGUAUUUGUUACAUGGAUAUAAACCGAGUUACCCAAUACGAUACCUAUAAAUUACCGACUUUCCGUCUAUUGCAGUGGCCGCGAACACAUCAAGUUUAGUAUGCCCGGAUUUUCUUUUUCUUUCUCUAUUAACUUAUCGUUGGUUUAGUUUCCAGUCGUCGAAACACCAGGUAUGAGAUUUUAAGUUUAUGAUAUUUCCAACUAAGUUAGGUAACGUGUUGUUUAAUAUCCCGCUUAUUCAGACAAAUAAUAAUGUAUUAUUCCACGAAAGUGCUGAUGAAAAUACAACGAAAAAUGUUCGCAUUGAAGAAAGCUCGUGUAUUCAUAUAAAGUAUUUUUUUAAAUUUCUCCUAAAAAUUAUUCGCUAUUUUGAAGUUACACAAACUUUGUAAUUGUUAUAAUAUUUUUUCGCAUGAUCCGCUGAUUUUAUUAAAAAUACACCCGAAGUUUCCUUUUGGUGUAACGUAGUCGAACUAUACAGUGGACUACAUUUUAAAAAUUGGAAAAAAUUAUAAAAUCGUGUACGAAUAGUUUAUUAAAAUAUUUUAAUGGUGACUAUUAAAAUGAAUAUAUGUACAUUUUACAUUGUACAAGCAUCAAAAUAUCACCUGAGGUACUUAGUAGAGGAUUAAAACAAAAUAAGCCAGGAGAAAAGUUAAUAUUUGUUAAUGUUGAAUAUACAAAAAUACAAAAUAAUAUUUUAACUCAAUGUUUCCCAACCUAUGGGUCACGAAAUAUUUUUGAUAUGUCGCGAUGAAAGAAAAAUAUUUUGGUUAUACGUCGUAUAACGUAUUAACGUCGUUAAUGGUCGUAAUAUAAUAAAAUAGAAAAAAUAAAAAAUAUAUUAAUAAGAAUAAUAAGGAAAUAAGCAAAUGCAAAAAAUCGAAAAAAAAAGCCUAGGAAAAACUGAAAAUGUACAAAAUAUGAGAAUAAGUUAAAAAAAUAUUACGGCCUUCUUUUUUCAUGUGAACACCUUUUUUACCAGCAAUUUUGCUCCAAUUUACAAUAAUAGGACUUUUUCUGAAAAUAAAUCCGACUAGGAAAAUACUUUAUAAGGGUCAUUUUUUAAUUUUUCCAAGAGUUUUCCGAGCAAAUGUGAUAAAACGGGAAAAUCGGUACAAUAUUAAAGAAAAUAUAUAAUUCCUAUUUUAUUAUUUAACCAUAAUAGGAUAUAUAUAUAUAUUGUUGAUAAAGCGUCACUAUUAACUGAACUCUGCUCAGAAUCGGUUUUUAUUUCGCAAUGGUUCAUCGUUAUAAAUUAAAUAAAUAGAUAUAAAUUAAAUUCCCUUCUGUAUCUUACCUUCCCAACUCCCACCUACAACGGUGGCUGUACCCACAUUAUCCUAGAGCAGCUUUUUUUAAUAAGGAUCGUUUACACAAAAAAGAGUUAACAUGUGGGUCUCCAUAACAAAAAGGUUGGGAAUUACUGUUUUAACGUAACUUAAAACAGUUAUAUGGUAAACUAAAACACUACUGAUGAAAAUUAUUGCAAGAAAUGAUACAAAAUGUAACAAACACUACAUACAAUAGUUUCACGGUACGAAAUUAAUUAUAAUGCGCAAAUUCACCGUAUAUAUUUGAGAGUAAACAAAAUUCUUAGACAUUUCAGAGAUGAUCUUUUUUAUCGUAUUUCAUUUCCAAACGGUAACCGCAUUUCAUGCAAUAUUUUUAAUUUAUUAUAAUAUUGUACUUUAUUUCCAGUACAAUAUGUAUUUAAUGACUUUUCGUGACUUUCCGCUUUUCUAAAUAUAUAUCUCACAGCGCGUUAUUUAAUCGGGAUAUACAGAGUAUUCCAAAAACAAAUGUCCAACUCUACGGAAUAAUCCUCAACACGAGGCUCUAAUGAAUUUUGAAAUUUUGGUUUCAUAUCAACCUUGACUUUACUGAGUUUAUUUGUUUUAAUGUCCAUAAAAAUUAUUAAUAAAUCAUACCAGAGAAUAUCUUGCAAAAUUAUUUUAACAAAAAAAUUACUAGCUUCCAAAAGUGAUCAUCAUACCCGUCAUUUUUGGUUUCUCGUGUCCAAAAUCGUAAUUUUAGUAUGACAUGAAUUUGUAUGUACAUUUUUGAUUGAUUAUUUUUUAUUUUAGUGGUAAUUUAAUGAUUCUGAUAGAGAAAUACGAUGAAUUUGAUAGUAAAAUAUCGAGUGAGUGUUUUUUUUUUAAAGAGAAUUUUGCAUAUAUUUCUCUGAUAUGAUUUAUUUGUAUUCUUUAUGGAUUUUUUAUAAAUAUACCCGGUAAACCCAAGGUUUUGACAUUAGAAAAACAAAUUCCACAAAUCAAUUCGUAUUCCAUAGAGUUUACAUAUCGCCAUUUAUUUCUAUAAUAUUCUGUAUUAUAAUAUAUUAAUAUUUUUAAUUAUAUAUAUUUUUUUUUUUCAUUAGUCUUAAUGCAUCGACGUACCGAUAUUGCCUACAUGAAGCGCCGAGGUCCCCUAGUGCGACUACCGAGUCGUAAUAUAGAUAAAUAAUGCAUAAUAAUUAUUUCCCGUCUGCCGUUGUUUCUAUAUCUACGAAAACCCAACCACCGGAAAUCCUCCGGAAAUACGCGUUUACGUACACGUGACUACAAUAAUAUACUUCAAACGCAUUAUCACGUAAAACGGCUAAAAGUUUUUAAUAAACACAUCCGCGAUAUCCAUGUAAUAUAACCUAGUUAUUUUCACUUAAACGUGUGUGUGUUUGUAUGUGAACUGUGUAUAUUAUUUAAUGAGGCGGAAACCGAUCUUCCAAGAACGUGUGGUACAGCUCUCGUUUAUUACAUAUCAUAAGUUUAACGGCAAAUUGUAUGAUUUCGAAAUCGAUGAUUUUUUUUAAAAAUGUUUGUAUACUAAAUAACAAAAAAAUAGAUAAUACAGUUGACGGGUGUGCCGCUGUUGUAGAGAUAGAAAUAUGGGGUUUUAGGAUAUCAUAGAUAUGUUUUAUUUAUUUAUGUACGCAACGAUACGCGAAAAGUUAUUCUUAACGAAUUUCGGUUAAACAUGUUUGGAAAUUCGCUGAUUUUUACGAUCUUCGUAAAAAAUAAAACUUAAAACGCUUAUUAAAAAAAAAUCUUUUUUUCUUUACCUACUAAGUUCCACUAAUGGUGAACCUCAUGGUUAAAUUUGCAAGCAUUUGAAACGUCUAAAAUAAGCUAAUAUAAUGUUCUGUGGAGAUCACUACGGUAAAUUUUAACCAAUUUAAAAAAAAAACAAAUCGAAAAUAAUGAAACCAUUAGUUAUUGAAAAUCAAAAUAUGACCUCCUUAAUGCACCGAUAUUUUUAUUUUUUUUUUUUUUGGAAAGAUGCAGUAUUUUAAAAUCAGAUGAAGGUUCCUGGUAGAAUAGUUGUAAAACUGAUGAAAAAAAAAUGCAUAUAUCAUAACAAAACUAGUACAAUCCUUGCUACGCCCAAAAUCUAAAAAGUCAUUAGUCAUUGUAAACGAUUUUAAGUGGUGAUCAGUUAGAUAUUACUUUUUGUAGUAUAUUGACAGUUUAAGCAUUAUCAUUUUAAUUUUCGACUACAAAAUAAACAACGAUAAUUGUUUUAAACGAAUUUUAGCACAAAAUUUAUAUUCAAUACCCUAAUAAAAAUAAAUUGCAACAUUUUUAUCUAUAUAUAAAAAAACCUCGAUAAUUUUACAUAGGUUUUAAUAGCUUAAAAACUGUCAGAACAUUUUUUUUUAAUUUUAUAUUGUCUAUGAAAUGUUAAGUAUUUCAAGUUCACGCAAUUACUUUUUACUACAUAAACGAAAGAAAUCGAAAGUAAAAGAAAUCAUUAAUAUUUCUUUUCUUCUGCGGACGACUCUUACUGGUUUAUCUCCAUUAUCAAGAAAAUGACUAUCAUUGAAGAUUACCAAAAAAAUUAAGCGUUUUUUGCUUGCGUCAACUAAAUAAAAUUAUCUAUCUAACGCCAACCCUGAUAUUGGUGAUUGGAACAAGAUUUCUCGUCAAAAACAUGUAAAUAGACAAACACAAAUUAUUUGAACUUUAAGCACUAUUGAAAUAAAUUACUUCAUAUUAUUGCGUUCUACUUUUUUUUUACAACUAAAUACAAAAGCUCACAUCAUAAUAAAAUGAAGCCGAUAUACAUUCUAUCCACUUCACUCAAUGCCUAUAAUAAUAACUUUAUGUUUUGUUCACCACAUAACGUCAAGCAAUGUUAUUUUCAGAGAAUCGGACAAAGAUUUAUGUAUAAUACACUAAAACAUCAUAACCACUGUUGCGUAUAAAACGUAUUAUAAUAUCGUUUAUAUAGCUCGUUCUCAUGUCAGUACGAAUUUUGAUAUAUUUUCGGGGUCUUAUGUCCACCACCGUCGUCGUAACGGUUCUCUAAAUAUGAUCGUUUGUAUUCGUUAUACGCUCUCAAAACCAUUACACGAAGGUAUAUUCCAACCCGGAUGCCCUGCAAAAAUCGCAAUGCUGUGUUGCGGUUCUUAAAACAAUCGAAAAAAAACCCACGAAAAAUAAUAAUAAUGGUGAAAAUAAUGUAAUAUUCAGGAGGGGAAAAACUGUGACCAGGUUCCUAAACACACAUCUGAAGAAUAGUAUAUAGAUUAUAGAUAGAUAUUAUAUAGAUUUAAGACCUGUGAAAAAUGUUAUAGAAUUAUAUAGGUGCAUUACGUAGGAAUGUGAAUCAAUAAUCGUCUAGAAUUCUAAACCAUGUGCUGUUCAACAACAACAAUUGUUUCUGGGUUUUAAUAUUCUCCAAUAGAAAGAAAUAUUUUUCCCCAAUGGAUGCCCGUGGCAAAUUCAACGUCGAGUAAAAUUAAGACAAUUUUUGGAAGGAUGGAAAAUUUUCUCAAUCUUUUUAAAAAAUAAUUGCUGAUAAAAAUGGUAUUUGAUAUUUAACAACGUAUAAUCGUAUUUUAAAUUAAAUUAUAACAGCAACAAUAUUUAAAAGUAUAGUUGAUAUAUAAAUUUCCAAUCAUUGAUAUGUGCACUGCCUAGUAGUACCUCCUUUAUUUCAAUCAUUUAUUGAAUUUUUCAGCAGUUUGCUAUUAGGUCUUUUUUUGUUGGUUUACUUUUGUUAAUUUCUGGGUUAUUUUUAGUACAACAAUGGAAAAUCUUGGAAAACAAUGACUUAUACUGCUCUACUCAGAAUCGCUGUUUUUGUUUACAGUGAUUUAUUUUUGCAUACCGUAUUCAAACGAAAUCACACCAGUGAUAUAGAAUGAGCAUACAAUAAUAACAAUUAUAAUAUACACGAAUUUUUUUAUAAUCUUAGACGUACUACGGUUCGUAUCACGAGUACCUACAAAUUCACGGCUCGUUUUGUAUUUUCACGUGACUGGAUUUUCGUUUAUUUACCGCAACGUCUCUUUUUUUUGCCAUUUAAGUCGUGAAGUCCCAAGAAUAACCCUAGACACAUAAUUUUUUUUUAACCUUUAAUAUUGGAUUUAAACAUAUACCAACAAUAAAACUAGUUCUACGAAUAUAGUAAUUAGGUAAUUUAUUAUUUGAUUUCCAUUGCAAUUGUUUCUUUAACAGUGGUAGUUUUAACAGAUAAUACCAAAUGUGAGGUUUUCUACAUCAAUUUGUCACGUCACCCUUGAAAUUUAAGCAUCUAAAGUUACAAAAAUAUUUCUCAUCAAUGGCCGUUUUGGUUUCAUCUAAUUUUGUGAUUUUUUAAGUAUAUUUUAAACGCUAUUGUUACAACUUCAUCGGUCAAUCAAUGAUUUUAAUUUUAUAAAUGUAUGAUUCAAAACUAUAUUAUUUUAAAUAUUUUAAUAUGCUUAAUUUGGAAUGUUCGUACGUAUUGAUAAAAAAAGCCCUAUCAUUGCCUAACCUAGCCCUAGAUAUAUACGUUAUUCUGGACCUGACCGCCAUAGAUAUUUAAAACAACUAGCCAAUACUGUGAGUAAAUUUGAAGUUAUUAGCACCCCCACAUACUACAAGAAGACAGAUUGUAUUGAUUGACCCACGGAAUAUUUUAUUUAUGCCAUGAAUUAUUAUAUUACAACAAUAUGAAAAAUAUUCGAAAUAAAUCACAAAUUAUUUCUUCGUCUUACAUGGUAUAUAUAAUAAUCAUGGCAUAAUCAAAAUUGUUGUGAGUUAAUAAGUUGUGCCUUCUUGGCUUUUAUAGUUUGUAACUAUUUAUAAUAUAUUAAUAUCUUAUAGAACUCAGUCAUACAGUCAGCUAUCUAGUUGUUUUCUAUAAUAUUAACUUUGACCUAUGGCAGAAACUGGAAGUCUUGAAAUCAUUGCUUCUAAUAGGAAUGAUCAUUGACGAUCAACAAAUACAUUUGUCAACCGAAAGCCAGUAAAUUUUGAUGUAAAAACGUCAGAAUUCCGAAAAAAUCAUCCGAUUAGGAUUUUUAGAAACACCAUGGACCCCCUCAGAUAAGACCACCUAACAUUAAUUAACAUUUAACGCCAUUGAUUUUUUCGUGUGUAUUGUUUUCCGCAGCCAAAUGUACAAUGGAGCGCACGGCACGCCCAGUCGAGUGCCGUUAAUCGGCGACGGUGGCCGUCAACAGCAACAGCGACGCGCGGACAAGGACCGGCGACAAACCACGGCCGACCAUUACCAUCGCGAAGUGGCGGCCGCGGCUGCAGCUGCAGCAGCAGCAGCCGCGGCUGCUGCGAACAAAAGAUCGAGGCGUAACGCCGCGCCACCUGGCGUUCCUGUAGCCCUAGUACUUCUCGUACUGCUCGGCUACAUUUGCCUGGGCGCAGCCGUGUUCGCCGCCUGGGAGGGCUGGACGUUCAUCGACGGCGCGUACUUUUGCUUCGUCACCCUGUCCACUAUCGGGUUCGGCGACCUGGUGCCCGGCAAGUCGUUCCAGGGCACUGACACGCAGAACGGCCAACUGCAACUGGUCGCCUGUUGCGGUUACCUGCUGUUUGGCCUGGUCCUGAUCGCCAUGUCGUUCUCGCUGGUCCAGGAGGAGGUGGUGUCCAAGUGCCGGCACGUGGCCCGCUACGUAGGACUACUCAAACAGCCACCUCGACCGGGCGCCCAGCCGUAUGCCCUGUAACCCGACCUCAUGAUACCUCCUCGCCGCAACCACAAUCGCCUGACCCCUGCAAGUUUAACCCGCAGAAGGUUCAAAACCUAUUCUUAUUACAUGGUCUUCCAAUAUUAUAUCGGUACCGCCUGAAAAGGGUGCCCGGGUUGUCUCGAAGACGUCCACGGAUUUGAACUAAUGGGGACCCUGGGCGAAUUCGUUUCAAGGGUCGUAUAACGGACAUUGUACGCCGAGAUCGAAUGG